AUGUCUUCCAAAGACGACCCUCGCGUCCUUGAUUUGGAGGAGCAAGUGAAGAGCUUAUCAGAUGAGUUAAUGCAGUGCCAGGUAUGAAUGAAUGCCUUUACUAAACUGUAUGUACUGCUCUGCAUCUCACACUGUAUUGCACCGAGCAGCCAUAACGUUAUGAACAUCUGAGCAAUUUGAUCCAUUAUGACAGCUGUAACAUAAAUUAAACUGUAUGAAGUAUCCUUAUUCUCAAAUUUCAUCAACAUGAUCAGACAGGGGAUAAUUAUGUGCAGUAGAGAUGCCAUAUUACAUUGUAUUAGGUAGCUACAAUGUUAAGGCUGGUCCUUGUAUAUCAUGGUAAACAUGAGUGGUGAAGCCGUUCUUGCUUUUAUCUAACAAUCUGACAACAUGUAAUUGCAACAAAGUAGAAAUAUUUAUCAAAUGAAAUGACAACAGCAAGCUUCAUCAGCCUGUUCCAGUCUCCUGCCUCGAUCAAUUUACUUUGUGGUAAAAAGAAAAUCUCUAACAGUUCAUGGUGCAGCAAUGUGAAUACUAUUCAUAUUUUUUUUCACAUCACUGCAACAUUUAUCAAACUUAUUGAAGCUUUACAGAUAGAAUAGAAAAGAUUUUUGCUUAAAAAGUUUCAGUCUCUCCAACAAAGCUAUUUUUUCCCUGUUAUGAACAUCCUUCAACGACCUGUACGUUCUACUCCAGAGCACAUGCUGUUUACAAAGCUUUUACAUUUUUUUUUGUGCUUCACAUUUUUUUACUGAGUGUUAUUUCUGUCAGAAAAUGACUAACCACAACAAAUCUCUCCUCUAACCCACAAUUAUAUGUAUUUUUUUUUCACAUAAAGACCCAUGACUCAACUAAGCUACCCUUAUAUGUCUUUUGAGGAUAUGCUGAAGAUGACUGUUGGUACUGUUUCAUCUCUACAAAUGUAACCCAAAAACAUCUAAUUCUGUCAAAUAAUUAACUUUCAAAGUUAAUGACUACAAUGAUUUCUUUUUAUUGUCUAAUGCAUAUUUAAAUAAUUUAGUUGUCACUACUUAUACACUAAUACAGUCUAGAAUACACAUGAUCACACUUUUUUCUGUGAUUAGAAAGGCAGUGAAAAGCAUGUUAACAGCUUCCUGCUGUCAAAAUGUGGUCACUAAUUUUUAUCUUUACCAAAACAAACACCAAAUCUCAGCCCACAACUUGCUCAUGAGCAGACCUGAGAGGCUUUCAUCUUCACUUUGUGAGUCAGUGAUUGAGAGAUGGUUUCCUUGCAUACUCACCACCAGGUGGUGCCUAAUAACAUGAGAGGAUUUAACCCAGCAUUCCUCACUUUGCAUAUCCUCAGCACCUUGUUAGAUAGGUAGAUGGACACCUGUGAGGCUCAGGUGAUGAGUUAUAUAUCUUGGCUUUAAUUAGUCUAUAGACACCACUAUAUAAGGGUCAGAAUGAAACAUUUGUUAUUUAGUUGUUUGGCCUAUAGAGUUUGUGUGCAUCCUUUUGCUUGCUGCUGUGUACAAAGUUUAAUUUGACUUGUGAAAUUAUGUUUUAAGAAUUUGCUCAAAAUGACAUAUAAUACUCUAACCUAACCCUAACCUUGGCCAAAGCAUCAUGGAAUGAGAAUCAUCACAUGUUAACAACUGUAUUGUCAUCUUUGUAAUCUAUCAAGGGAAAAAUGAAUAAGUUUCUCAUCUUUUGAAGUUAACAUGAAUUGGAAUAUUUAGGCGGAAAGAUGUGUGUAAUUGUAGGCCUAUUCUUGUUAAAAAGAUUGCAAUCUAAUCCUUGGAAGAUCCUAUUUUUCCUAAAUUGUACUAUCUUUGGUUAGUGCUUGAGAAGCCGGUUGUUUUAGAACUCAUUGCAUUUUAUUAAUUGCUUUAGCAAGGCCUCUUUUCUACAAACACUUAGAUGAACAAAUGAGAGCAGUUUUGGACUGUGAGAUUUUAUCUUUCCUUUUUCAUUUCUCAUUCACUACAAUAUGAUUAUAGUUAUUUGCCUUGGAUCAUAUAGUCUCUGCUGCUCUACACUGAACUGACAUGGUCACCAUCCUUGGUGGUCUUAUCUAGAGCAGAGCAUCAGUGAUUCUGUCUAUCUAAUAAGGACCUUUAGUCAUGCAGUGUACCAUUUAAAUAGUGACAUUUGAAUACCAUUGAUGUCUUAAGUCUCUGGCAAGAUGUACUUCAGGACAGCCUUUAACUACAAAGAGUCUCAUCUGUCUGCCAGCAAAUGUUCCUACUAGACCAUGCUAAUUUUAUUAACACGUGGCUGAAAUCCAGUGCCUGUCUGUGGUAUGUUUAGCCCAUGAUAUCUCAGUGUCUAGAUUGAAAGUAUUAAUAAUUCAGUGGUCAUCAAACACACAUCAAUGCAUGUUUAAAUACACAUACGGCUAAGGGGAGGCCUUGAUGAGGGUCUUGACUGAUCACUUGUCUGCGGAACAACUAAUGGCAGCCAAAGGCCAAGCAGAGGGAGACCACCUAUCACAAGUCAACCACACUGUAAUGCUUAAUUUAAUUGCUAGUGACAUUGCAGGGCUGAUUUCAAGAGAUCUCUAUCCCCGACUCCCUGCUCCAACUCUGUACACAUACAAACACACAUAUAUACACUCAUACAGACGCAUAUAGAGACAGAAAUUUACAGUCCUUCCACUUUAUAUGUUCAGCUCAUGGUCUUAUCAAGGUCUGCUGCUGCCAUUUGAGUAAAUAAUUGAUUAGACACUUUUGAAAGGGGGGUUAAAAUUCAUGUACUAAUUGGAGACCAGUAGAUUCCAGUGGGAGGGAUGACUUUUAUCUUAUGAUGAUGUGAACAUAAUUUAUCAGAUAAUUUUAUAUUAAGUCGAUUUGGUAUAAUUCUGUCUUUUAAUGUCAGAAAAUGUAGGUUUUAGAUGUCCCUCAUUAAAUGUAAUGUAGCUUAAAAAUGUUUGAGAAGGCAGAGAGACAAUUUGAAUUGGAAAUGUGUCAGAGGCUGGCUGGGUUUCUCCACUUGAAGAUGACUCUCUCUGUCAUCAGUUUUCAGUUUCUUUGGGGCUAGUUACUUCGGAGCUGUGGAGGAAAACAUAUCCCAAGACCAAUUGAUUAAUAAGGAAAAUGCAAGCUCGACUGCUGUGUUUUGAUUUGGAUCCCAGCUCUCCCCAGUCAUAAAUAGUGCAUAAUGACAAGUGUCAAUGCUCGCUCCCCUUGAGUAGAAGGUCACAUUUCAGUGAUGAAGAUCCCUGUUAAGAGAGGCUCAUGAUUAGAGAGGGCAGGCCAGAUCAAAAACUAUUUUGUACAAGAUAUUUAAAUUAUUGAUUACCUCCUCGUUCUGUCGUAUGCUAAUGUCAUGGAGCAUCCUAUUUAAUUUUUUGGUUUUCUUCUGAGAUGUGCUGGGGCUUUGCUUUUAAGCCUCGCUGCAGUCUGAGACAAAUUUAUCUAAAGCUAUUUAUCUCAAUCAGGAAUAACAGCUGUUGACUCAUUGAAUCCUUUAUUUUCACAGGCAGACAAGGAGUUUGUGUGGUCCCUAUGGAAACGCCUGCAAGUGGCAAAUCCAGACUUGACCCAGGCUGUCAGUUUGGUGGUUGAGCGGUGAGUAGAUUCAUCUUUCAAAUCGCUACCUGAGAGGCUCAAUAGCUGAAAAUUCCUUUAUCUCACGAGUGUAAAGAAAUAUGUGUGAAAGUCGUUCAAGGGGUGUUUAAGGCACCUUUGCCAUCCUGCGGGGGUUACGACGGAAUCUGGUGCAGAUGCUGAUUUAAGCCUUCUUAUCCCUGGUCUAGCAGUUCAACCAUGGAAACCCUUUUAAUGAAAACUCUCUUCCUCUGCCCCACCCACUUCGGACAGUUAAAACACUCCUGCCAAAUACUUGUCUUUAUCGGAUAAAUUGUGAGAUUGGACAUGACCUCUUUUUCCGGGUGGCUAAGCCACUCUAAACACGGUGGCAUGGGAACUCUCAGAGAAGAACAGGAAUUUUUUCAGUCGGAUAAAUUAAACAUAUCUCCCUUUAUUUAGAAAAACAUAGAUUUUUAAUAACCUUUGGUGCCAGUAUCAAUUCAAACAGUUUUUUUUUACCUCUUAUUUUUUUCUGACCAACACUGUACUGUAUGUAAAGCUUGAGUUAUACGUUUUCACUUUCAUGGAUACAUAUCAACUGCUUUCUGGGGUUUUCAGCUGCUGGUAGGCCCUUAAUAUGGGUGAAAACACAGCAGCUGCAGCGUGCAGGUCCCCAGUACCAGUGCCUCUCAUACCUUCUCCUCACCGUCUACAGUUCCUCCAUAGCCUCAAAGGAAACCUAUCAAAGUAUGUUGGUCUGCUGAGACUUUGGAGGGAAACAUGCACCCAGAGAAUGCAUGUGUAUUGUAUCACCUGAUGCGCAGGAGGAUAUUGACAUGGUAAUUGUGUCGACUCCAGUCAAGCGCUGGUGCCCACUGGGAUCUGCCAUUCACCCUCCCCUCCCCUUCCUGUGAGAAUCGUGUAGAGUGAUUGGUUGGUUGCUCAGGACAUGGGGAACACAGCCCAAUAUACAAAGAGAUACAGCUAGGCCAGCCUGCGUUCCAGCACCUCUGGGGACACUUGAUACUUAUUUCAGUCUCUACCAAGAGAGACGGCUGAUCAGAGGAGGCAGAGAGUCAAGAGAAGAGGCCUCAAGGAUGGGAGGUGUAGAAGGAGAAAGUGAUGAGUAGAGGGAAUGGGUGGCCCCUGGUGGCCUAAAGCAGUCCAAACAAACAGGUCCCCAAUUGAUACCUUGUUUUUGUCUCCUUAAAAGUUCAUCAUGAUAAAAAGACCUGCCAGUGGUCUACAGAGAAAGUUUAGUAAAGCAGCUGGAUAGUACAGCUCUCUUUUUAUUUCAUUUUAUUCUUAAUUUGUCUGUUCAUAAAGUGUAGGAUUAAAAUACUAUUUGAACAGAACAUUGUAUUACAGUUACGUCAAGAUGGACUGUAUGAUUUCAGAUAAGUCAAUGUCAUCAACAUACUAAAUACAUCAACUUCUGCUUGUAUUUGUUUCUCUAACGUGUGUCUCUAUUACUGUCCCUUUUUGCCUGUAGUGAAAAACACAAAGCUGAGAUGAAGGACAGAAAGGUUUUGGAAAUCCUCCAGUUGAAGGACUACAAGAUUCAGGAGCUGGAACAGGUACGGUUCAGUCUGUAACUUUUGAAGUGGAGCGUAUCUGGUUUAGAUUUUAGACAUAUUAAUUAAAGGGGUUAAUUCCAACAGAUGUGACAUAUUAACCUUGUCAAUAUGCAAACAAAUCCCAGAUCAUAUCAGAGUUAUAAGAUAACCUGCUUAAAAUAGGUUAAACUGAACAUAUUUAGAAAGCUGUAGGGUUAGGGUUUGUACCAGUGGAGUGACUUAAACUUAAUCACUUUCCUCAAUACCUUGGGUCGAGGUCUGAAAGGGAAGCAUUUCUGAUGGCUCUUUCCAAACUAGACCCUCCAAACUGCUUCCUGAAAUCUUAAUUCAAAGUUCUACUGUUAUUCUUGUUUUAUGCCUGUCACUUAAGCUCAUUAAUUUAAUUUGGCUUUUAUAUCAGUCUUGGUGCCCCUUUAAGGGUUGUGGUUAUAGACAAACAUGUAAGUAGUAAUCAGCCCCUUUCAUUGUUGACUUGGCUUUUUUGGUCUUCUCCCUGAGUCCUAUUUUCUGGAUUUUAUGAUGACUAAUGAUAAUGACGUCACUGGUGUAACCCUCAAAUCAUCAUCCCUUCACUGAUGCAUCUGUCAGUCUCCUUCAUUAGCACUCCUCGUCCAUAGCUUCGGCCUUUACUACUGAUACUGGCUGUAUAGAGUCAUCAGACUGCCAUUGUUUCUUUUAUAUUGCGCUCCACAGCCACCUCACAACCAUAUAAUAUAGUUAUUAUAGCAACUUACAGGAGCACCAGAUAAUGUGAUAAUAAUAACUGUGUUAUGGGAAAAUUUUAAAAAUUAAUAUAAAGAAAGCAGCAAUUAAGAAUAAAUUUAUUUAUUUAUUUUAUCCCUGAAGGAAAUUCAAUUACUGUGAAAUACUAAAUAAUAAUUGUUUGAAAAUAAAUUUACUGCAAUGGUGGCAUUGUAGUUGUGUUUAUGAUAUUUUGAAGCCGUUGUCCAAAAAGUUUAACACCAGUGUUAUUAUAAAGUAUUCAGGUAGAGUUUAUUUAAGUGGAUUUUAUUAGUUCAAGAAAGGUCUGUUUCAACAUGUCAUACUGGAGAAUACUGUUUUUAAAAAUUUUUAAAUGCAUUUUAAUAGAGGAAAUACAUUUCCUUUUUCUAGACCCUCUUUUUAUAAAAGAGAAUCUCCAAUAUUCGAAAGUUCUUAGUAGUCAGUACUCAGUGUUUACAUGGGUCAAAUAAAUAGUUAUCCCUAUUAUCCUGCUAAUCUUUAACCAAUAAAAACAACGGAAAGCAGAUUGAUAACUUUCAACAACUCAUUCUUGACCUGAUUCUAUGAUUCCCCUUAAUAUCUCAGUUAUUGUAAAACUACGUUUGUACCGGUCCUUUUCAUCUGAAGGGUAAAAACAUGCAAAUAACCAAAUCAGACUCUUGUUAGAGUGGAGGGUGCUUAAAGUGUUGUUUUGAUUCAGUGAUUUGUUAGUUAGUUGACACUCGUCCUGCAAAUGAGUUUCUAAAGUGCUGCUUUGUGUAUCAUCAGCUGUUCUGAUAAAUGCUACACUGACUUUGACAGAAAAACUUAAUCAACAUUGUUCAUGAUUUCUUCAGUUUUUAUUCUCACAUACUCCUGUUUUUUCCAUUAGUCUAAUUGUUCUCAUUAAAUUGAAGGUGAUGAAACUUACCCUCUAAGAAACUUAAAGCAGACAAUCUGAGAACCUUAUUAGAAGCAUUGAGAACUGUACUGUGCCAUCCGGCCUUCUGACAGUCAUCAUCCCAUCUGCAAUCAGGAGCCAUACACACCUUAAUAGUGAAUAAUUGGUUUUUCCUUUUUUCUGAGACGUAAUGGUCCACCGACUCCUUACAAGAUCUUACAUUUCUCUUGAUAACUCAAUUCUCCAACUUUGAUAAUGCCUUUUCCCCCUGUCCUAUUCUCUUUCUUUUAAUUCCAUCUAUUUCUCCAUACACUGCCCUCACCACUCCUUUUCAUUUUUGUAACAUAAUUAGCUUUCAUUUUUGAACUGCACUGGGAAUUUUCACAUGCUAAUCUUUCUGUCCUAGACCUCUUAACUUGGCGGAACCCCCUCCUUUUUUUCUCUUCCAUCAAUUGGGCACUUCUGGGGUUCAAAUUGUUCUCGCCUACCUCAUUAUCAACGUUUGAAUUUAUUUUCUGCGCUCCAGUAUAAAUCUCUAUUAAAGCCCUUCUGUUCUUAGCACGGUGAGCUAGGAGUAGCAAGGAACGCUAAAUCCACUAUCUGGAUAUAUCUGAGCGAUUUUCCCUCAACAUGGCAAUUAAUUGCAUCCCAGAGCACAGUGUUAUUUGAGAGGAGGGUGUACCCACAGAAGGCAGUGGAUUACCAGCCAAUGCCAAACCCCAGCUGAUGCAGAGUUAAGAGGCCAGCUUCCUUCUUCUUAGGCCACAAAGGCUGCCAAAAAACCAUGAAGUGUACAUAUAACAACAUUGAAAGAGAGCAGUCAUUAAAAUGAUUGGUUUGAUGAUUCAUAAAAUUGAUCAUGAAGGAGCUUCAUCAUGUUUUGUGACUCAAUAAAUGAUACGUUAAAGAUAGUAAAAGGUGAAGUCUCGACAGUUCAAAAUGUGCAGUAACUAACUUUCUACUAAGAAUACAGAUUUGCUGGUUGACAGGAAAUUGAUUGGUGACUGUUUUACGGAAGUAGGAAUGCAAAGUAAUUUCUGUGUUUUGUAAUGUGAGAAUUUUCCCUUUUUACUUUAUCUUACUACAGUUGCAAACUGAAUAUCUGAAGGUGUAAUUAUUUGUUAUACAAAUUUGUGUUAAAAGAUGACUGACAUUGUAAGAAAGACAGCUUGUUAUUUUCUGUUUCCUCAUAUAUACAAAGGCUAAUUAUUAGAAAAAUAAUCUGAAGAAUAAUCAACUGAUAAUUCUUUGUCACAGCUGUUUUUAGAUUUCCAAAGUACAAAGUUAAUAUAUCUUCAUGUAAGUUAUACUAGACUUAAAGUACAGUGCAACUUUAGGUGUUUUUCUCUCUUCACUUGUGACUUUUUUAUGUUACUCUAAAUGUCACAGAGAGUGACCGGGUGGCAGCAGGAAAAUAACAGCUCGGUACAAAGGAGGUCGACAGCAGACAAGGAGAACACUCUAAUGAAGAAGGAGCUCGCAGAUCUGAGUGAACAACUGGUCAACAAAAGUCAAGAACUUAAGGUCAGUGGGGCACAUUUUCUCUGCUAGUCUGAAAAGUGUCUUUUCAAUGUGGCACCCAACUCAACCUGUUUCUCUCUGUUAUGAUUGGGUCUUUGAAUCAUUUUUAAGAUAAAGGAGACAACUUUGCCUUCUUCAGCUCGAUAUGAGUGUUUGUGUCUUCUUAUCUUCUUCGGUUGCAGUCUUUCUUACUUUAAGCUUUCUUUUCUAACAGCAAAUUCUUAACAGAUGGAAAUAAGUGAGUGUGUGUGUGUGUGUGUGUGUGUGUGUGUGUGUGUGUGUGUGUGUGUGUGUGUGUGUGUGAGAAAGAGAGAGAGGAAAAGAAGGGAAAGCAGGUUGUUAACUCCCAGAUAAAUACUUAAUGACUACUUCAGUGGGGAAAAGUGAAAAGCGUGCAUGUGAUGCUGUGGCCUCUCCCUAAUUAUACUUCGAUGGGACCCGGCUAUGAUUAAUUGAUAAAGGAAUGGUCCAUACACAGACUUGGUGAGGUCUCAUGGCGAGAAAUUGUGGGGGACAGCAUCAAAGGAGACCUAGGUUGAGUCUAAUGGGUCUUGCAGAAAGCAGCAUUCUCAUUAGGAGUCUGUCAUUAAAGCUUACAGACUGGCCCCUGUACCUGCAUGAGCCCGACUCUUGUAGUACAACUCAGCCCGCACCAGCCAACAUCUGGCCGCAUGGGUCCAGUCAUACAGCACAGGUGACCUUGGCCAAUCAGCCGCCCAUGCAGGGGGCUCCUGCAGCAAAGCCCCUUCACUCUUUACAUAUUCAUCUCUGCCUCUACCCCAUGGGUUGCUCCUCUUUUUGUAUUUCUCCUACAUUCUUUUUUCAUUCUCUCUGUUUGAAUCCCUACUUUUUAUUUUUCUUACCUUCAGUCACUGUGUUUAUUUGGCCCUUAUGACCCCCUUCUCUCCCCCAUCACACACACCUCUCUUAUCCAGAAAAUGAAGACAGAGUGUAGGAGGAAAGAGGAGGAGGAGCGGCAGGUGGUGCAGGCUCUAGAGGAGGAGAAAGAGGGAUUAACUUCCCGCUGUGCCGCCCUGCAAACUGACCUGGAGGAGAAAGAAAGGCAGGCCAACAGCCGACAAGAACAGAGGGAUGCUGCCCAGGCUAGAGUCAAGGUACAGACAUGGGGACAAGUCUUUUCAGACACUCAGAGACACACAAGAAGUUUAACAGGACACGUCCUCUAUCUCUCGAUGUAUUCUGCACCCCUUGAACCCCCUGACCUCUUCCAUCCCUUGCUUCUCAAUCUGGGAAUAUCAAAAGAUCUCUGUUGAAAAGCACAUAAUAAAAUAUGAAGGGACUUCAUUCAAAGGUGGGCAAGUUAUGAUUCAAACAUCAGGGAAUCCAGUUAAAAAUGGAUUUGCCUGAUAAUAACUGAAAGGAAUUUGGGUGAAGUCAUUUGCAUGUGAGGGUGCACAAGUUUUUAGAUAUUUUGAGUUUCUUUUGUCAUUAGUUAGGGUUCCAAAAUGGAAGUGAAUGAAUAUGAGAUGAAGUAUUACUCACCAUCUGCCAUCUCUCUUGACUUCAGAAGUAUGGCUAUUGGACAGUGACAGACUUGCUACCUUUUAAUAUUCAACCAGUCAAAUCAAAAUCAAAAUCCUUGAAGACUUUGGUUCAUGUUUUAACCUGCUGGCCCUCCCCUUUCCCUUUAAGAAUUCAGCUGCCUGCCAGUACUUCAGUCUCAUGACAUAGGAGCAGUCAAAGAUUCUUCCUUAUAGACUCAUGGUUAUGAAACAUAUCGCCACGCUAGUCAAAUGGAGAAAGACAGAAAGUCUUGAAUUAGUCAGGGCUGCAGAGUAAUUACACUUGGACAGGAUGAAGCGCAGGAACUAGCUUAUGCACAUCCAUCACAGCGCAAGACCCUCCACCUGUUCCUCAUUUUUUGUAUCACACUUUGAUUUGAGAGAUGGAGAUGGAGAGUUCAAGGUGUGCGCUGGAUACAUUAUGCCAAUUUGUUUGACAUGGCAGAGAUUUGUCAAGGAAUUUAUCAUUUAAUCCAGUGUGUGUGCAGAUAAGGUUCACAUAAGGUUUUGUUAUCACGGGUAGACAAAAUGAAAGACAUACCUGACAAUGUGUUGCACAAAAUCUAAUAAAAAUACAAUGAUCCUCCUCCUUAUGUUUACUGACAUCUAAUCCACGGUACAGCUGUACAAACUAUUUUUUAAAAAGUGUCAGUGAAAACAAAUGUAGACUUAAAACAAAUGGAAAAAAAAUCUUUUUUGUAUUUUAUGACACUUUUCUUCCUCUCCCUUUAUAACUGGUGGUGAUUAAUUUAUGAAUUUUGCAUGUGGUUAGUUCUAGCAAUUAAAAUUGUUGCGAUUUGAAGACCUUUAUGUGUUAUAUGUUAAAUACCUUCAGGAACUGAUUUCUACAAAAGAAAAACGGUCACUAACACCUUGUCUGAUGCACAGCAGCUCCAGUUUCAGUGCAUGUUUUAUGUGUUUGGAGCAUGAUGCACUAGCAAUACAGUAACAUGGAUACGUUUUAAGAAAAGGAAUAGGAACCCUAAACAGACAGUAAAGUUUCCUGUCACCAAUAAGAAGUUUUAUUCAAGUGAGCUGUUAUGCUGCAUGGAGAAAUACUGCCCAGUGUAUUAAAUUAUCGACAGAGAGUGACAGCCUGGGGUUGUUUUUUACAUCCACAACUAACACGUGAACCAACUUUAAACAAAGCUUUUUAUUCUUGUUCGUAGGCUGUAUCGUUACUAUUUUGUAAUAUAUUAGUAGUGACCAAGAAAUGAAAGACAAACCAAAUGACAGAUUUUCUUUAUUUAUUCAAAUGCAAAAGUAGAUGUAGAGCUCUAAUUUUAAAGUCUAAUGUUAAGGGGUCGAGGUGGCCCAUAUCAAUGACAGCAUUUAUAUGAAAGUGUUUUUUUAUUUUCUUCCUAAAAGUUCCUGUAAUGUGCUCUUCUUCAACACCAGGAAUUGGAAGAGCAGCGUCACUGUGCCCAGCAGGACUUGUACAAGUUGCAGAACCACGGCAGCAGUUUAACAGCUCAGCUUUCUGCCAAAGAGAGGGAGGUGGCAGAAAAAGAGGGCCAACUCAGUCAACUCCGGUGAGGCGCCAAUGGAAGCACUGCUCAUUGUGCUCAGAAAUAUAUAUACGCGUAUCUCACCUCACAUGUUUCAGUGUGUGAAGCAGUUGGGAUAUUUCUCUCACAAGCCUGUGAGGCUUGUGGGUGACACAGGUUUCUUCCUCUCUGGCUCACCUAAAGCCACUUGAUAAGCCCUGCAUAGUGGAUGUGCUUUAAAAUAGGGAGGAAAGGGAAACGGGGCAGGCUUUGGCUAAGCUUUAGUCGAUAUGAUAAAAACUGUGAGAACCGUCGGAGUCUUAGUGUUAAUCUCAACCUUUUUUAACUACUUUUCUGUUUUAAUGCCAGAGGCACUCUGACGUGUCAGUCACACCAGGACUCGAGACCUUUCUGAAGGUUUUAGUUAGGUGAUUAAAGAUGUCCUUAUAAAUGAGCGGAGCACUCUCGUAAUUCCAAUGGACACAAAGCAUUAAACUUUGAUGCUGGUUUUGCCGCACUGAAGAAAAUAGAAGAGCUUAGGAAGGACCUAACAAAGUCAGGACUUUCCAGGUUUACCAAAGUCUUGUAAUUUAAUUUUUAGUGAGAGAAUUCUUGUUAUUUGUACAAAUGAUAACAUACUGUAUCUCUUAAUGAUGUUGGCCAAUUUUAAUGCAUUUUUCCCACAUUAAUGUCUACAAAAUCAUUCCACCCAAAUUAAAAAAAAAUCAUUUUCCAGCUUCAAAAAAAUUUCUUUGACCUGCUUACACCAUUUAAAAUUUGUUUGUUUUUAAAGCCCAAAAAAAACUUUAAAAUUUUUGACAUGAAAUUUCAGAUUACUGACAGAAAAACAGGACGGCAGGGUCAAAUAUAUUCAGUAUAUGCAUGGUAGGGGUUGAAAUUGCAGGGUAAGUCACAAUAUGAUAUGACACGAUUGCACAUAUGCACAAGCUGAACCAGUUUCACAAUGAGAUAUUGCCAAGUUAAUUUUUUUUACUCCUUAUGCAAACAAUUACAGUUCAUGGACACCAGGAAUUCCCACUGUUUCAUAUAUGUGCUCAUGUCUGUAUUAUCUGCGUUUAUCUAGCCGUGACUACGCAGAAGUGCAGACCCUGUACAGACAGAGCACAGAACAUGCAGCAGAGCAGAGUCAUCUCAUCAAGCAACUGGAGGGACUCAACCUUGACACACAGAAAGUCCUGAGGAACCAGGAGGAAGCGCAUACUGCUGACACCACCUCUUAUCAGAGGGUACUCGCAUACAGAAUAAUAAAUCUCAAAUUCUUCAUUGUUAUCAGCACUUUGUGACUUUCUACUCAAGCCUCUCCUGUUGUGGAGAUUUAUUUUCAAGCUAGCUACACUUAUUUACACUUUGUGAAAAGGACUUCUCCCACCUUCAUCUGUCGCAUUUCUUAGACUACCACAUGUCCUUGUAAAGCUGUCGCAUGCAUAGCAUUACACAGGAAAAAAAAAAGUGAGGGACUUCACAAAACAGUUAUUCACAAAACAUACAAUAAACAUAUAUUUUUCCAUUCUUCCUUCUUAAUGACUGAAGAAUGUGGGUCUUCUGUUUCUUUAAAAAUGAGAAGCAUCUUAAUCUUAAAAUAUGUCCAUCUUUUUGUCCCCUAAUCACUUGAGUAAUUCAGACUUAUAUUUUCAUACUUGAUACAUUAUGUUGCAUCUUUGCCUCCUUUCCUGACGUCACCCUGAUUUUCCAGCCUCAUUAUUCCAUUUGUUUUAUUUGACAGCUGUACAAGGAGUUAAGUCAGUGCUACCAAGCCCUCACAUCUAGUGAGGCCAACCUCCGUCAGAGUCACCAGGAGCUCAGCAACCUACUCGUUCAGAAGGACCAACAAAUCCUUCAACUUCAGUCCCAGCUUCAACAGCAACAAGAACAAGUACAACAGCAGCAGCAGCAACAAGAACAGAUACAACAACAGCAGCAGCAGCAACAGGCUCAACACACACCUCCUCAACCCUUACCAAACAGACAAACCAACUUUAAGGUGAGUAUCCCUCUAAUUCUCUCCCACAGAGGCCCUUCUUUUUCCAGAGUUCAUCAAGUGAUUUGAAACUUCAAGCCAAGAAGUGUUUUUAUGUUACGCCUGCUCUGCUACUGAACUUAUUGAACUUCGCUAUACACAUGUGUGGGUACAAGAUACAUGUGCCUAUGUUCCCUUGCAUGAUGCAUUAAUGAUUUCUCCCACAUAAUAUCUACAUUGUUAUAUAGUAGACAUAUCUCACAAUUACCUGUCUGUGCCGGGCUGUCUUUGGGAACAUAGAAAGAAAUGUGUAGGUUGAUUAGUAGGCACAGCAAUAACUGACAAGCCUGAACAUGGCCUGUGGUGGUGGUGGUGUUGGUCUUUAAGUGAGAAUUGCUCUGUUAAUAUCAUUCUCGUUCACCCUUGAUCUAUCCAUCUCUCUUUGCACCAGUGUCUUUCAUGUCAGCUAUCUGAUCUUCUGUAGUUCUCUACCCCGGGUUUGCAUGCUCUCUUUGACGGUCUUACUUCAUCUUACUUCUUGUCUCUUCCCACCCAACUACCUGGAAAUUCUUUUAAAAUACACUGGGUGGACGGCAAAGAAACAUAAAGGAUAAGAGAAGUUAUUCAGUCAGAGCCUAGUAAUGCUCUUGAAGAUGAUGUUGCCAUUUUAUAUCUGUCAGUCAGCAGGGGUUGGAGUCAGCUCAUUACCUUUGAACCGUCACCCCGAGGCAGUAGAGGCUCCAGCAUGAGGUCAAAGUUGCAGCCACAGUUAAACUGACCCUCAACAACCUCCAUGUUUUUCAGACCACGCAGUGUCAAAAAUAUGGUCAAGAAUAGUGACAACAGUAUACUUUAAAACCACACAGCUUUAACAUUUCAACACUUUAAAAACGCUGCACUUGUUAAUGAGUCCUGAAUACAUUCUGCAGUAAGACUUCCUCUUUUUCUUCUUGCAGACAAAGCAACUCAUUGUAGUGGGUGCUGCGUAAGAUAAUACUUUUGCAGCACUUGAGUUAUUCAUGUGUCUCUGCAGACUGUAUUUGUGUAAUUUGAUUGGUUGAUAGUUUCUGACAGGGCUGCCCCCAGACUAGAAGUUUAAAGAUAUCAGCUCAAAUGUUAAGUGAGUUACAAUCGCCCUGUCUCACUUAACCCUGUUAAUUUAAACUGCAGUGAAAUAUAAAUGGAUCAUUUAGUCAGUAAUUAAAUACAGUACAGCAGUGUUCCCCCAGUAAUUAAUACUACAUUUAGAGCGGAUGCAGUUAGUGCUGCGUGUGUGCGUGUGUGCAUGUCUGUGUGUGUCUCUGUGUCUACAGAUAAGCCGUGCAUGUGUGUAUGUGCACAUAUGGACAGAAUACAAGUAAGAUCAUAGAUAGGUUUAAUCUAUUGCUCUGAACAUACUCUCCACCUCAUGUCUUUUCUUUCCCUUUGGGUUCAGAAUGGAAAAAACUUCACACAUCACACUUUUCAAGUCCUGAGACGUAUUUACAGAAAUAACUUGUUUGCUAAGAAUGCAAAGAAUUAAUAUUAACUUUUGUUUACUGAACACAUGUAGCUGCUGUCUGGCUGAUUUGUUGUUUUAACUUUCUUACCUACUGACAUCAAAGUGAACAGAUCAGGUAUCCCAUGGUAUAACACUCAGUCAGGAGGGCUUUCUGUUUCUCACUCUAUAAUCUCACUGACAGGUUGUGCGUAUGCUUGUACGCGUGUGUCUGCAUAGGUGUGUGUCUGACUAAAGGUGUGUGUAUUCGAGCACAUAAUCGCGAAUUCUGUAACAACUUCCUCCCGAACACCUGUUAAAUUCUAAUGCCCAGGUUGUUAAGGCAGAUUUGAUUUUAAUUUUAAAUGUUUUGGUGGAAGUUGCCGUCGGAGGUGAUCAAAGUGCUGAUCGCAACAGGAGCACAGAGGGGAGACGCAGCGCUCAUUUGAAUAUGGACCAGAGCGACGGCUUUGAACACCCCUCCCGCAGCGGAUUUUGAAGGGGGGGAGCGGGGAUAAAGGAGGAGAGUUGGUGAGUGGGAUAACACCCAUUGUGUGUUAUACUUCCAUGCUGUGCACAAAGAUUGACUGUCUGUUCUCUCCUGGCUUAUGUCAAGUAAACUCUGAACAGAAAGCUUAACAAGACUUUGCAAAGGCUCUAAGAUGAACAAUGGCUGAAGAAACCAAACAGUUUGACCUUGCCGUCAGUCAGUUCCAGUCAUUCAAGAUGUCUAUGUAUAUAUAUAUAUAUAUAUAUAUAUAUUUAUUUGCAUAAUGUCACGUCCUAUGUCAGUUAAACACCAGGGUUAACAAUGAUCUUGCAAAAAUAUUGCGGCCUUACAAAAAUUUCUGUUCCUAAUUUUUAACCAACAGUCAUUUUUAUUUUUUUACUUAUUUGCUGGAGAAACAGCAACAACAAAAAAAACAACACAGAUAACUUAACUAACAAAAUCCAGUCCAGAGUUGACAUUUUUUCUAAUUAAAUAGGGAUGUCAUAUGAUAACAAUACACUUCAUUUGUUAUUUAAGGUGUUUAUUGAUCAUGAAAUAUUUUGUGGGACAGUCAAAAAGUGUUCAAUCUAGGCAUUACUGCUUUAUAUUUUCUGUUUUCCUUUAAAGACUUAUUUUUGGGCUUUUUGCCUUUAUUUACAGAUGAUAGGCCAGUAACUGUGAAGAGACGGUAGGGAGUGACAGGGAAAGGAGCCCCAGGCUGGAAUUGAACUCAGGCUGUCCGCUUGAGUCAUGACUUGCAUAUAUGGGGCACACUGAAACCGCUUGGUCAGUGGCACCCUGCUCUUUAUUUCCAAGUCUUCAUUUUGUGUGUGUGUGCUGAAAACAGAGAAAUAUCUGUGUAAUGUCAGGCUUGAAAUGCCAGUGUAAUUCCUCUGUAUUUUAGCUGUAGGGCCUGGCUGGUCAUCAGGCACCUGUGUGACCCCCAACUCAGUGAGCUCCACUCUGAACAAGCUGCCAGGGUAGGGAGGUUUGGUUUGGUUUGCCAGUUUGGGUGGUCACCAUCACAAUCUAGCAGCAUGGAAGAGCCCUCAUUAGUGGACAAAAAACUAGCUACUGUGAACACUUAAUCAUUUACAACAAUCUCCCUAACUGCAUCAUUGUAUUUAUAGUAGUUAAGUGUUUGGCUUUCAUCAAAGCUGUGCGGUGAUUAAAGACCAACAUUAGGAUCCAUUGCAGACCUCAGGCUUUCUGGAACCUUCACCACCAUAAAUGAGUGGUUAGUUGGUAAUUGUGUGGGCAGUCAUUCAACGCACUGGUUAUUCUCUCAUCAGCAUUGGAAAGGGAAAACUAGGCAUGUUCAUUAAGUCCAGGAAAGUUUCAUUAUAAAUACAACAGAAAGAAGUUUCUGUAUGUUUUAUACAUAUUGUCAUAUUUUGUUAUGUAAAUAAGGCAGACCCCUCUAGGAAAAGAAAUGUGUAAAUUAUUAAGAGUAAUGUUGGCUGAGUUUUGUGUGACUGCUCUUUUGAAAUAUCCGCUCCUGUUCCCACCAUUAUCAGUUGAAAUCUUAUUUAAAAAAAAAAAAAGGAAACUUUUAUUCUCAAAGAAAUGACCUUUGAUAUAAACAAACUCAGUUUACUAGAGCUUUUAGGAGGGAGUAUGCACCCACGCCAUCAUCAUCUCACUGUCAGAAGAGUGUUACACACACAGCUUUGGCAUGCAUUACACAAAAUGUUAAAGUCCCUCGUAUGGACUUUAUGGACUGAACCUUAAGCACAGAAAGAACAUUUCCCCAGGUCCAGGCCCUUUCUGAAACUUUUUUUUAUUAAAUUGAAAGAAACCCACAUGGUGCAUCUCCCUCAGCUUAUUGAGAUGGUUUUCAACAUCUGCUUCUGGCUUGUUAUUUAUGUUAGCCAAUCUAAACGCUUUUAGAUGUAUAAUUAAAGUGCUAGUUACACACAUGUAUGCGUAUGAAUACACCCACUCUGCUUUGCCGGGUCUUUCUUAGGUGAGGUGUUUCUUUUGAUCAUCCUCAUCAUUAAUGGCAACCAUCAAGUUGAAAACGAUGGAAUAAUAACACUACAAAGAAACAUUGGAAUUAAAUUUUCAACCAAGAAGAGCUAAACAAACAGUACGGUGUCAGCCAAAGGGUUGUGUUGUGUAUCUUAAGUACUGUAUUUAACUCAACUUUUAUAGCCUUUCAGUGCAGUUUGUAACAGCAUGAGGACAGAGGGUACUUUCAGUCUCCUCUGCUGAUGUUUCAGAGAAUGUGAUGGAAAGCUUGUUUAAUUCGGACAUUGUUGAUUUGUUUUUCACAUGGGUCCUGUUUUGACUCUGGCUGCUCCUCAUUUCUUCCCAUCUGGAAGGCCAUUCCUUUAGCCUAACUGUCAGGACCUCCCUUAGAGUAUGUUAAAAAUUUAGUGCAGCCUGCUGCUUGUAUUUACAUACGCCUCCUCUCUCCUGAUCUAUCAUUCGUACCUCGAUUUGAAAUCCCUGCGUAAAGGUUAUAUAGUCAAAUAAUGCUCAAUAAUAAUGCUGAUACAUGUUUUAUGACUUCUAACGCUAUUUUUGUCAGCCACUUAUCUCACAUAUUCUGUAUUUGUUAUUCAGUAAACAGUGUUGUCAACUCGAGUUUGUGCAUGAGCGUGUGUUUGGAGCUAGGCCACGUCCAGGGCCAGAGACACACUAAUGACAUGGACUCCAGUGGUGUGUUUUACCAGCUCAACUGCUCUCAUUAGAUGAGAACCUCUGUGUAGCACAGCUCGCCUCAUUAAUGAAGCACAGCCAUGUGCCGCUGCAGAUACGUGCGCUCACUCGCUCAAGCACAUACACUCGGGUCAAACAGACUGUGUGGGAGGACUCAGAGCUGUGUACAAACCCACAGAAACAAACACUCACAGUGUGCUGUCCUUCCAUAAAGCCCCUCUUCACUGCGUUACCAGUUAACACAUGCUCUUACAUACAUGCACACACACUUUCUUAGAAGAAUCACCAUCUUGAAUACAAAGUGCACCUGGCCUGGUGGGGAGCCCGCACUUUGUAGCCUUCACUUCUGACACCUUUCCAAUCACUUUUUCAAAUGCUCGAGCUCCACAGAUGUGAAUAAAUUUGAUUUGUGUGCUUGUGUAUGCAUGUAGUUUUGUUUGGUGUGUGUGGCAGGGCCCCUCCUGAUUAUGGCUGCUACAUAAUUAACAGUGAUCAGAUUUGUUUUGUGGCAUAAAUGGUGCAUGUGUAGAACAUUAGGCCUGGCAAGUCUCAUUUCACAUUCAGCUCAAGGGCUCGGCAGCAGACGGGUCACGAGCUUCAGGGAGCACAAUCACAAGCCUCCCUCCAUAUGGUCCUGCCUGCCGCAUCCUCACCAGCGAGGGCUGCGAGUGCCAGACAAGUUCCCCCAAGAACCUAAUCGUGUUCAGUAAUUACCAAGACCGGCUUUUCUUUUUUUUUCCACCCUGCCUCCCUCCCUCUUUCAGCCUCCUCCCCAGCCUCUUGCUCUUUUUUUCACUGCACCUGCACACUCUCUUCUUGUCUUCAAUCCUAUGUUUGCGCCCUCUCUAUUGCCUUCAAAAAGCUCCUUGUAACAUGUUUAUUUUGUCCCCUGUAACUUCUUUGCUUCUUUACCGUCUCAAAUUUUGCCUUUUUCCCUGAUUUUGCUGGAUAAAAACAAGCUGGAGAUGAGUUUCUGUGAGAGGGAAAAAACUCAGACACUCCCACAACAGUUAAUUCCUAAAUUGCUUUAUGUGGAUGAUGCCGAAAAACCCAGUCCAUCCUCCUGACUGCCUAGAAAUUAUAAAUAAUUGUAACAGAUGCGCCAAUAUGGCUGGCCUCCAAUAAACGAGGCCCCAGAUAAUUUGACCAACCCCCUUUGACAGGCCAAUUUAAUAAAACAUGAACAAAAUCUUUCUCACUAAUAAUUUAUCAUCCCCUCUCCUCCCCUUUGGUUAAAGUUGAUUACCCUGGCAGUUAACAAGGUCACGCCCAGAUGCCAGGUUUCUGAUAAUGCAAUCAGGACUCGUUGAAGGAAAGGUGAUGACAUCCUGCUUGUUUUUCUUCACUACCUGGCCUCUUUGAAAACACUGUUGUGAAGGCCUCUGUUUGUUAAAAGGCUGGGAUUUGAUGUGCUGAGAAGAAGUGUUGUUGAUGGCAGCAGGUGAUACUUUUUAAAGUGUUUUACACCUUUUGUUCUGGGUUUUAAAACAAGAAAGGUGAGAAUGAAUGCAGUAAGGUGAUAGGGUUGAGAGGUAUGUGAUUGAGUGUUGACAUCAUGAAAAAGGCCUUUUCUCCAACCCAAGACUUAUACUCAGAGUUUACAAUUUGUCCUUUGACUUGUAGAGUACAUGCCUUCAAAGCAAAAAUGCACUCUGGAGAACUUUCCAGAUACACACUUCGGCUUUGACACCAACAUGAAUUGUCCAAAGCUGCAGCAACAAUCUGGGAAUUGAAUAAUCUAUUCUUGCAUGAGCGCAUUCCAAGAAUGACUAUGUGCGGGUCGACAUUCAUGGGUGCUUUUGCAUCACAACAUACUCCCCUUUUGUCGGGCUUCCUUAUCCUGGUUCCCCUCAGUUUGUUUGGAUGUUGAUGUGUGUACAGAUGUUCUGUCAAACUCACUCCAAAGCGGUUGAACUUAUUUGUUUGUUCAACUCUCUUUUUGAUUGCUGGGAAAAAUGGAAGAGAACUUUUGCCUUAAUUUUGUUUGUGUUGUUUAUUUUGUGUGUUUGGUUUUCUAUGAAUUUCCAACAGCCUAAAACAACCAGAGAAGGGAAAAGGACUGAAUUGUUUUGAUCAAGGUUAGACCAAAAUUCAAAAUGCACAAGAAGAAACAAAGUUUUCUUGGAAAUAACUGACGUGUGAUCAUUUGAGUUUGGGAUCAUUAAAUACCUUUCCACAGCAUCAUCAUAAGAUCUCUCUGUAUGCGACAAAAGCCAACACUUGUCUAUGUGUUAAACUACUCAGAUUUACUAGCUUUCUUGUUUGUGCGUCAUGAAGUCACUACUGCCCAGUAAACUAAGUUCUCUUUACUUUGAAUUCACAAUGGCAAAGAAAAUUUAAGCUCUUUUUUUGCCAUUUCUCACUUACAAAAUGUAAAAACAAUAAAAAAAAUCUCUCUUCUCUUGCAGGCAGUGGUUUCAGAACAGAUUGAUGGUGCAACUCUGAGGUGUAGCCCUGAUUUUGACCGAGCCUUCACCCGGGGCUCAGAUCCUGGGCCAGAGGAUAAGACCCUCCAACACAGAUCCACCAGUUCCGUCAGAAGACAGCAGGUAGGAUAGCACACACUCCUGCCAAUUAUGUCAAAGACAGCACGUGGGUGAGCAGCUUACAUGCCCACACUUAUCCAUUACGCUUUGCUCAGAUUAGAUCAAAGCCACAGAGAAGGGUUAUGAAGGAAAUGGUCUGUUGAGAAUCAUGUGAUUUAUCAGACCUCGCUACUGCCAACCUUUGUCCUGAACUCCCAAACACACACCUACACACACAUAGAUGCCCCUCCUACUGUGACCAGGCCGUCGUGUGCUGCUGGUUUCACGCAUGCCUUGGGCUCAUGCACUGGCUAAUUUAUCGCUUCAGCGGUACAUUAUGAACAAGAAAGAAGCUUUUGAUCUUCUUAGUAUUCCCCUCAUAAGUUUGGCAGGACAUGUUUCUAGAUGGCCUCACUCACGAUUAAGCUGGCCUGAAGACACAUUGUUUGAUUUAUACAGCUGUCCUCAUUAGAGCGUUUGAGGAUGGCACUCUGUUCAGGCAACUGAAACAACUAAUGUUAUUAUUUUUUACAAAAUAAAUUAGCAGUAUUGAUGUUAUAUGAUGGACUUUCCUUUUCUGCAGGCUCUGCUUUGUUUGCCCGGAGGACACUCACACACACAGAUGUGCACUCACUCAGACAUACACAUAAUCUGCUGGUGAUGCAUUUGCUAUUACUUACAAAGACAUGCCAAUUUCAAUCCCAGUGCCGAUUCUAAAGAUUGAAGUUGAACUUCAGUGUUUUUUUUUGUUUUUUACACGUAACAUAUUUGAUUCAUUUCACACUGACAGGGAAUAUAAAUCAUGAUAUGCAUAUAUACAUGAAUGUUAGAAUUGUAAGUUCAUCACACUGUGUAUGUGCUCUUUUUGCAAUAGAAACCACACCUAAUUUUGAUGAAAUCAACAUUUCUAAGCACAGUUAACCCACAGUAAGGACACUUUUUGUAGAGGCAUACAUUUUGAAUCCUCUCAUAUUUUCUGUGAGCGUGAAAUUUACACAAACAUUUCUCUAAAUUGUUGAAUUAAAAAAAAUAUAUUACUCUGCUUUUAAAUGCCCUCUCCAUGUUGCUGUUGGGCUCAUACAUAGAAGCCACUUUUGGACAUUUUGAAAAUAUAGUGUGGUUAUUGUUGCCUUGACAACACACACAUGCACACACAUUUGUAUUACUUACAGAGUCUACAGAGACUAAACCAAACUGCUGAUUUUUCUACAUAAAUCCACAUUGAAGCAUUUAACACGCAAAAAUAUUGAAUAUCAAAAUGAAUAUUUAAUUGUGUUUUUCAGCUGUCAAAAUAUAUCUCAAGAGAAGAGCACAUUUUGACCAAACACAUUAUCUCCAUAAAGAUUCAAGGGUUACUUCAAGUCUACAAAGGCUUGUUUUAGGUUGUCUGCGAUUCUAGCAUGUAAGAGUCAGAGUUGGAUCACCCCUCUUACUCAGGUUAACUACCUUCAGGGUAAGUGCUUCAGUGAUCCAGGUCAAUUGGCUUAGCAAGAACCGGAUCUCUGGGUUCCAAAACAGCUUUACAUAGAAUUUUCAUGCACAAGAGGCACUUUUUAGAGCUGUCUGCCACUAUCGUGCUGCAUCUCUGCAAGGAAGUCAGGUAACCAAAAAUAACAAGGUCAAAGAAAACUGAAUUAAACUUUUUUUUUUUUUUUUUUUUUUUUUACAAAUGAACAACCACAUCAAAAGUUACUCAAAAGUUACUCAAAGUAAUAUCAAUAAUAAAUGAUUUAUAAUUAAUGGACAUGUGCCUACCUCUAUUUAUGUCAUAUGUUUUGUAUCUAAAAAUCCAGUGUCGCUGAUUGUAGUCUAAACUGAAUAAAAAUUUAAUUGACUUAAACUCAUGUUAAGGUCAUAGUGGCAGUUAAAUUUUUCACACUCUGUUUUUUUCCCUGAGUAAUGCCUACAAGAUAGUCUCAAUGUACUUCAGCAGCCCUGUAGAUUUUUUUAAUGUAAUUCACAUAACCAGCCAUCAACAAUGGUGCAGACGGGCCUGUUCAUCUGUUUUGCCAAUAACUGUUUCCUCCUCCAUAUAAGAGAUGUGUUACACAAAAGGUCAUAAGCUUUUCUAUAAGUAAAACUUAUAUUGGCUUCAACAAUCCUUUUUUAACCUACUGGUAACAUAAUGGCACUUUUAGCUGUUGUUGCUGUUGGCUGCUCUUUAUUUCAAUAAGAUGAUGUUCCAUAGGAACCAUGAACCAGUUCUGCUUCAUUACUGCCCAUUCAAACAAUAAUACCAAUCUACAAGGUCACAGGCUGAUGAAAUGAACCGUCUGUGCGGCCCAUUGCCGUUAUGUGCCACAUUUUGUGGCUCUUAAAUUAUGUGCCUACAGUGAACUUACCAGUUUAAAUGAGGGGCAUUACACAGUUUUACAAGGGUAGUAAUUUGUUAUGUACAAUUAUGAGUAUAGUUGGCUGGAAUCUUGGAAUAUAAUUUAUAGACUGGGUACACGUAAUUUUAAAAUGUAUGAGUAACAGGUAAUGUCUAAGAUAAGUGGCAUAGCAUGAGGGCAGCUCUCAGGAAACUAUUGUGACCCUGAAUCCAAACAUUCUUGAAAAGUUGACACUUAUUUCUAUAAAGAAAAACUGUAGUUACUGGAAAUUUUCAGUCUGCAGGUUACCCGUCCUCUCAUUACUUUAUUUUGGCAGGGUGCUUCUUUCAAUAGAUUACUUUGAGCAAUGUUGUAUACUCGCAGGGUGUUAAUGUGCUAACCUUUGUGUUUACAUUUUGAUGUACGUCUGUGGUGUGUGUAUAUCAUUCUGAGCAGGCUGAGAAGCUGAACAAGUUCAGUUUUGAGACACACACAUAGCAAUUAUAAAAAAAUCCCAUUGAUGACAGUGACCCCUCUCUCUAGGAGAUGGAGGGAGGGUUGAGGAGAGGUGAAGGGAGGAGUGAGGCAGUCGAUGAAAUUUUUCUUCCUUGCUUCACAGCCUGUAACGCUGACCCCUCAGUAAAUAAGAGAGCUACUCUUGCUUGCAUACAUACUGUUUGGAAACAGACUUGUCUCAUCUCACCCCCUACUGUAUGCUCUCCAUCCCUCCAUCUGCAUCACUCUCUCAUGUUUACGGAGCCAUUAGAGGGUAUGAUGCACUGGUCAGGUCAUGGCGGCCAACCAGCUGCCGAGACGAGGUAGACAUGUCUUUCUUUCCCUUGUGUUCACUGGUUUUUACCUCCAGCCUGUCUCAUGGUGCAUUAACAAAAAUGUCACAACAUAAAGCUUCCUGUACAAAAAGAAAGCAUUCAUGCGUCUUGAACCUGCAGCAGACAGACGUUCAACUGGACCAGAAAAAACAUCCUCAGCAAAUCUCAGGCAUUUGUCUGUUUCACCAUGUCAUUGUCCACCAGGGUCCUUCAGACAGGAGUUUGUCUGCUCUGGUUCCCUUAUACAGAAGAAAAUAAAUGGUUGAAUAUAAAGCUAGAUGUUGAUUCUUCUUCAAACUGUUAUUUAAUUUGAAAAACUUUUCAAGAAUCCAUCCUAAAUAAGCCCGGUUUUAAAGUUGGUCAUCUUCACUUCUUAGUUUAGGCCUUUUAGCCGAUUUGGAUUCCCCUUUUGGCCACUUAUUUUUCCCCUUACUCUCAGAGGCUAAGCCAGUUGGCCUGCCACUCAUCAGGAAUAUGCAGAUCAAUCUGCUAAUUAGUUGCAUAGAGUUAUUAAGGCUGAGUUAGAAUACAUGCUUGGCACCCACGCAGGCAUGAUAGCAAAAACAGGCACAUCAGGUCGCUAGAGUCAACUGCAGCCCCAAGGCACAUUCCCAAACACGAUAACAUGAUAAUAAUAUUCAGUGACAGCCAGAUGAUUUUUACAAACAUGCAUGCUGCAGUUAUGUGUUGAGAUUCAAACAAAGCAAUGAAAGUGAAUAAUUUUUGAUGUUACACUUAAUUUUUUACUUGUACAACCCAUUUUUUGCCAAGAUUUUGUUAGGGUUAAAUGUGCAGUAUUUAUUUGAACUUUUCAGUUGAAGUUUUUUUUUUUUUUUUUUUUCUUAGUACUUUUUAAGUUUGAGUCUUCCACUGAGGGGGCAUAGUGGAUGGGAUACAUUCAUUUUAUUAAAUAAGCAAGCAUCAUGUCAACUGGCAUUCCUCAGUCUUAAAAAACGCAGUGCAACGACUGCUCGCUCCCUCCAGUUUGGCCGUACUUGAAAGAAAUUUAAAAGUCUCUAACCCAAGACUCGUUUUCAGCCCCAUGAUUAAAUGUUUUGCAUAGAUUUGAAGAUUGAAGAUUAAACAGAAAACAAAAGCUUGUACCAGCCAUUAGAACACACUUUUGUGGCUUUUACAAACCCCCUUACUCCACAUCAUCUCCUAUACUCCUCUUCCACUCCAGCCCAAGGACUGUAGUGCGUUUAGUCGCAUUGCAUAUUUUAGCCUGCCAUCUGGUCAGCCCUGCCUGGCACCACAGGGGGCCACAUAUCCUCUCAUAUUCAUAUUCCACUAGCAUAUUGUUCCCACUGCUUUUCUACAGUGCGGCCCCAGCACUUCUCCAUUUUUUUAUUUAUUUCCACAGAAGAGGCUGGCUAGCAAACCAUACCCCCCCCUCCUAAUCGGCGGCUCUUCCAGUUGUCCUAUCAAGUGUAACCUGGAGGCCCCUGGUAGAGCAAUUAGAGCGGCCUCCCUGCCCACCUCUUGUAAUGAAGCCCAGCACAUUCUGGAAUCUAUAGCCCCUUUAGUCUCCCCUAAUGGGACAUCAUUAUUGUCAAAGAAACAAUGUAAAUGGAAAUGAACAUACUCAUUAGCCAGUCGCAGGGAGAAACCUUUGCCGCUCUCAGCUUGCAACUCCCGCUUCCAAACACGCACACAUCCACACACACCAAAACGAACCUCCGCCUCUCAGUUUCUGCAGACUGCUCCAGCUUGCUUUAUUCCUUUGGUAGCACGUUGGUCUGUGUGCACAUAUGUACGCACUGAAGAAGACAAUGUGCAUCUUUUCCUCAAGGUGAGAGGAGGGGAAUGGAGUGAGCACUGAUAACUCCACUAUUGGCAUUCGCUCAGUGUUUCUAUUUUGUUAAUUGUUGCAUGAGGCUGCACCUCUGUGAGUAAGUGUGUUCCUAGGUCUCACCCCAGUGCUUUCCUUGCUUUACUGUCCCAGGGUGCACCUGUGCAGCGGUCCAGGUCUCUGUCCCCAGCCAGCAGUGCAGAGUUGGGCAGUAGGAAGAGAGGAGGGGCAGAACAGAGGAUUCAAGACCUUGAAGAGCUGCUGCAAUUAAAGGUACCUCGCUUACAUGGACCCUACAGAAUACCAAGUUUGUAAUUGCUUGGAAAUCUGUGUUAUGAUUAUUUUUCUCAUUUGAAUUUUGUUUUCAAUGUCAGUUAAAUUUGAAUGAGGUUUCAAUGCAGAUUUUAUUUGAGGUUAGCUCAGUUUUUAUUAUCUUAGAAAUGUUUUGCUUUUGUCAAGUUUUUUUAAGUUUCAGUUUUAUUGUUUUAUUUUUUGAAUAUGGAAGACCAGACCCAGGAGACCCUGAAAAGAUAAUCUGCAGAAAAAAUCUAAAAACAUCAUUCUGCAUGUAUGAAAAAAAAUACUCAAAUAAAAAACAUUUAUGAUUACAUUCAUCCACAAAUGACGAGCCACAGGGUUGAGUUGCCUGCCCCUCUUAAAUGUCAUAGGCCACCCCAAGUGCCAUCCCAAACUCCUAAGGCAUGAUCUGCUAUUUGUUGUCAGAGGCAGCACUUGUGUUAAAAUGAACUAUGUGGACAGUGUUGAAACAAAUACAACAACAAAGGCUCUCUGUGGUUGUGUGGGCUCACAUAGUUCAGUGCAUAUGCCACAGAUGGGUCACACCAGUCCAAAAGAUCUGGAUACACCCCUGCUUGGAAGCACAAACCUUUUUGCAAGUGUUUUAUGUUACUUAAUUCAGCAAUUGAAGACAGGAACUCAACUUUCAACUAAGUAAAAGUUGGACACCUACUGAAGAAUGUAGGCUGUGUCCAUGUAGUGUGCCCUCACUCCAAAUAAAAGUCCAAGUAGAUUAGCAAUCCUCUCCCUUCUUUUUUUUUUAAUAAACAAAUAAUCCUCUAUCCAAAUUAUCAAAAGGAGAGCAGAAUUAGAGUGACAAAUGAGAAAAUUAUACAUAUUUCUUAACCACCUAAAUCAAGAGAUGAACAUGAAUUUAAUUUUGAAGAGCAUCAUACUUCACUCUCUGUCAAUCAGAACAUUGAUACUUGACAAGUGAACCAUGAGGUGUCCUUGUAUCUCAUAUUCAUGUUUCAGAGAAAGCUCUUCAGCAGGCUGGAAAUAAAAAAAAAUAAAAGGAGAGGGGUUUUUGAGAUGGACCAUAAGGAAUGUUUGCUAGCUAGGGUGCUGAUGUCGAUAACACAGAUGAAUGCAUUUAUUGGACAAUUUUAUUUAAUUGUGGUUAGUUUAUAGUUUCAGUAGUUACUGGUAUUUUGUAAAGUCUCAUUUUGAUUUUCUAAGUGAAGGCAAAUGUAUUUGGUACUCUAGUUUUGAAUAUUUUGUUAGUUUUUAUUAUUGAUUUAAAAAAAAAAAGCUUAAAAGAUGCAAACAACAUUUUUUAAAAUCAAUAUCUAAAAAUGUCAAAAUUGUCAUUGUUGUUUCACUCUUUGUUCUUUAUUAUACCCAGCUCAUUUUAUUGUGUUUACUUUUUGUCCUAAGCCUCUGUCUUCAUAUUUCCUCAACAUGCUGGUUGCUGUUGACUGCCUGUGACUUUGAGACACUUUUAAGUAUUCCUUGCUGAAUAGGGCACAUUCAGUGGCACAGUGGUGUCCAGCUGAUAGCGUGUGAGGCCAUAGAGGGGCUCUAAUGGAGCCGCUUGUUGCUCUGGCCACUAUCUCACACAUAUGAUUGCUGCAAUCAGCCUCUGGGUUGUUGGAAGAUCUGCUGCUCUGUAACAGUCACGGUCUGCAAAGGGUUCAAUUGCACUUGUGCUGCCACUGCCUCCUCCAUGACCUUCUCUUACAGUGUCUUUCACAUACUCACACACACACAUACAAAUACAUAAGUUUGUGCACCCUAACAGAGCAUGCGUAGGCAGUGAAACAGCAGGAGAGAGCUUCGCUGGUGAAAGUGGAUGAGGCACUUUUUUUUUUUUGUCUCUUAAACGAAUCAGCUUUAUUGGUCUUUAAACCUUCACAUGCCCUCUGACGUCUCUCCUCCUCUCUUCUUCAUUCUUUUUCUGUUUUUUCAAAUUCACUCCAAGCAAAAUAAACUUAAUUUUCACCUUUCCCCUAUGUUUCUUUUAAGAUCUCAAAACAUGUCUUUCUCUCUUCUCUCUUUCUCUCUUUUAUGAAGUACCAGCAGUGUGUAUUUUUCCACUUUCAUAUUCUCUUUUUCUCUGAGUCUGGACUUUCCCCUAACGCUGUCCUCCUCAUCGCCUUUCUUUAUCCUUCCCUUCUGUCAGGCUGACCAGUGAGUGAGUGAUCAUGCAGAGGUCAUUUACCUUUGAGCACAAUCCCAGGAACACAUUAGGCAUCAUUUUCUUGUCAGACCUGAAGUGUCUGAAUUACAUCACUGCCUGACACCUAGUAAGAUGGUAAUGCUCAGCGUGGAUGCAGAUGACACGCAUGACCGUCUUAGUUAAUGGUGCCAUUUACAUGUCUGCAAGUUGAGGGGCAUUUAGCAAAGGUAUGCACAGAAAAACUGUGAUUAGCAACUCAAAUCUGUGACCACAUUAAUGAGAGCAUGAUUUAGCGGUUCUGUCCUUUGCUGUGAUCUUGUAUUGAGAAUUAUGCCCCCCAUCAGCUACAGUGCAGACCUCACCUCCAGCAUCAUGUAGAAGGACUUCACUCAGUCUGCUGGUCUUCAGUUGAUCCUCUUCAAUUGUUUCCGAUAGAAUGCCUUUCAAAUUGGGUACGGCAGCCUGUACCAUUGACAUGUUGACCUUAGCAGCUAACAGCAGCAGGCAAACAAACAAUUCUCAUAAUAAUGGCCUGUUUUUUUUCCUUCCACACACUUUCAAGUAAACAGUAGCUGUUGCUGUGUAAUUAUUUUUCAGCUUGAGAACAUCCACAGUUGUGUAUGCUGGCUGGGUAAGGGGGUGUAUUGAUCGGUGGGCAAGGGUCUGUGGCCUGAUGACCAGAGCUGGGCUGCCCAGGGGAAGCUCUAUAAGGAGCCUGGGAAGCCAUGAUGUGGCUGAUGCCCUGCCACUUGCUCCAUCCAGCCCCCCCUUCUUUUCCUUCAUCAGUCAGCCUCUAGUCUUCUGUGUCCCCCAGCUCCUAGUUCCACCAGUUAACACUGCCCUGGACUGGCCCCUUUCAUUAGAGCCUUGUUUGUGAGAGGUUGGGGGCAGCUCGCAGGGGCCGAGGAUGUCUUGCAGAUGUCCUCUGUGAAUAAUCCGCACUUGGGGAAAAUCCAUACUUGUCACAUUGGCAGUGUGAAUGUGCAUUGUGGGUGUGUGUGUGUGCGCACAUUGGUAGUGUGUCCGGCGCAUGUUCGUGUGCUCUCUCUGUUCUCUUUGUCCUUGUUAAUAAUAACAGGGCUGAGGGCUCGCAUUUCCCUCUCUGCAGGGCAGCCGUGUCAUAUCAGCAGUAAACAAGCUCCUUCCCUUCAGAAAGCGCUUGACAACUCUCCCCAGCCCUGGCCACUCAAGCAGAAACCUGUCCUGCUCUCUCCUUUUCACUUUCCCUUUUGCUUUGCUUUUUUCCUUCUCUUCCUAAUUUCUCUCUUCUCUCUCUUUCUCUCUCUUCUGUUUUCAUCAGCUGCCUUUUGCUCUUCCUUUGCUCUCUUUCCACCUCUGUGUGUCCUGCCUGUUGAAAGUGUUUUCUCCAUCACCCUCGCUGUUAAGGUCAGUGAGACGGGGAGGAGGGCUGCCCCUGACAAGAAAAAUCUAUAUGUCUCCUCUUACUCUUUCUUCAAAGCUGGAGCCCAAUCUUGCUUGUGUUUUAAUAGCUGUCAACAACAGUGUCAGCAACAAACCUACAACUACAGUCCCCCCAAACACUACAUGUGCUCACUCAGUAACUCAGGCGGGUGAGAUUCUUUGCUGUGUGUGUUGUAAGGUGUGUAUGUGUGUGUCUGCUACAGUUCCUGUGGCCCCACUGGCUCGUCAUGUAAAUGUCGUCUUUUAAUGAUGUCUCAGUUGCUCAGUAAGAGUGGGAACACUUGUCAGGGAGGCGAGAAGAGAAAGAAAUCUGAACCUGCUGGUUUCUGUCAAGCAAAGGUGUUUUAACUGUGGACCAGUUUAAAUAUGAAGACAGCGAGGGGCUUUCUCAGGUUUUCUCCUUCACUGCUGUGCUGCUAUACCUGAAUCUAACUCUCUUAGCAUUAAAGCUAUGUUUAUGUGACAUGCACACCUUCUUGUGGAAAAAAAAAAAAAUCUUGCUCGCUUUGCUUUACAGAUGCAGGAGAAUGAAGAGCUGAGGAAGGCUCAUGAUAGAAGACGUGAACGCCUGUGUCUGAUCCAAACCAACUACAAGACAGUCAGAGACCAACUGAAAGAGAUUGAGAAAUCAAAAGGCCUGUGAGUACACAGUCUUGUUUUCUGUACUAACUUUUUGCCGGCUUUGGAUUGUAAAUGUACAGAUUUACUGCUUUUUUACACUUGUGAACGAGAAAUUAGGGUUGUUAUGACAAAAACAAAAACAGAAAAAAAAAACUUGAAGACACCACCCCAGAAAAUCACUGGGUUUUUUUUUUUGCAUCUUUAUGACAUUUUACAGAUUCAAAACAGUCUAUCAAUUAUGCAGAAGGAUUUUCAGAAGACUAUUUGAUAAUGAGAUUAAUGAGUUAGUUGCAACCUUGAACUUCGCAUUCAUUUACACCCAGCAGUUAGCAAGAGACGCUCUAAACUUAACCUGCCUAAUGUUAAAAGCACAUUUGAAAUGCUACAACCCUCUGAAACCUCUUGCAAAUAGUCUUAGGGCCUCAUUGUUCUCCACAUGUUGUCUGACAAGACCUGAGUGCUGGAUUUGGGAGAGCGGGGGAAAUUCCUUCCUUUGCCUCUGAAAAGCUCAGAGGUUUUAAGCCCAGUCAAUUUGGGCCGUUUUGUGCCAAGUAUGUUCACUUCUGCGUCUCCUCUCCCUCAGCAUUCAUUAGGAUGUGAGAGCCAGAGGCUGGAGGUGUCUGGUCCUGGGGGGUACAAGGUGUUUGAGAAGGCCUGUAGAGGGAGGUAGGGAGAAGAGGAUGAGGAUGAGGAGGAGUGGGAGGAGGAUGAGGGGGCUAUUUCCUACUUCAACCUGUUAUUUUCAACAGAAACCACAGGUUUUUUUACACAAAGCAGAAAUGUGCUGGAAAAUGUCAUUAAUACAAAGUCUCUUCCUCCCAUUGUGUCAACCAGCCUUUACAGCUUUUUCUGCCUCUGUUUUUCGUCCUCCAGCAGCGUCAUUGAGUCCAUUUUUAAGUGUAACUAAAGGUGCAUAUGUUUGGUGGCCGCACAGGAGCAAAGUGUUGACCCCGUCAGCUGUUUUCUCUCUGGGUUAAUUAAAGAAAACAGGAGUGCAAUGUGAGCCCGUGUGAAAGCGAAGUGAGUGAGAGAGCCUGUUCAGCGCUAGGCUCGACUCGGCUCAUGUCAGCUCAGCGCAGCUCAACAGCAUGUGUCUGAGACAGUGGGAACAAAGACGGAGGGAUGUAGGGAGAGAAAACUCUCAAUCAACACCCGGCGUGCUGCUGUUAUACAUUUUAGCAGGUUAUCAAAGAAACGUUCUGUCUAGUGAAAAUACGCACUUCUUUUCUUUAUGAGAAGAAAAGGUCUGUUUUUAUUAGAAGUCAAAAGGCCAUAUCUGAGAGAUAGAGCGUAGAUCUUCUUACCAAAGAGCUGAGAAGAUCCAAUAAUCCAUGGUGAUAUUUUUGUGGUACCAAUGUCAAAGUAUCUAGAUUGUAUUUCUGAUUUGGCAUCAAAUUGAUGCGAUAGGCAGCUUUGCCCUUUUCAUCCAGCACUCUCCAUGGCACCAGCCAGUCACUCAGUGUUGUGAUCCUGGCAUUCAUUUGGCAUUGAGCCCCAUCCUUAAAUAGCUGUUGAACUCACUGGGGCAAUGCCAGUCUGAAUGAGAGACAAUAGAAAAUGACUUAAAUACUCCCAUUAGUGCUGAGAAAUCAGGGCCCUAACAAGUCAGUGGGGACAGGCGUGGAGUCUCAUUGCAUUUGGAGCUUGUUAGGGAUUUCCCCGAAGCUUCCAUGCUGUGUUGUUGCCUUUUUAGAAAGAUGCAGGAGGUCGUGUUUUGUUUUCCCCUUAUGUGUGCAGGACCAGUUGAUGGAUCUGCGAUGGGUCCUCCCCCCUUACCUGCCUCACACAUGUCUGCAUUUCCAAAUACUUGAGUACAAAUAUACAGCUCUUAUGUGGCAAACUCCAAAUAAAGCACAUUGGUGUUCAACAACGACACGGUUAUGUUUGCUUCCUGGAAUUCUGUGUCCUCCAGUUUUCAUCCCUCAUCAGCAGAAUAAGGCACAAAGUGGGACAGUUGGUUGCUGUAUGGCCAGCUGCUAUGUGACGUAACCUCCUUGUGCAAUAACCAGGAUAGAACUACCAGCCAAUUGCAGAGCAGACAGAGGGCCCAUUGGCUCAUUGGCAUGCCGGCCGUGCGCAGUUGGCCAGUCCCAGUGAAACUACCCUGCCAUUCACCAUUACCACCAUAUUUUCCCAAAAUGGCAUGAAGGGGAGGGGGAAAAAGCCAACUUCUUAUUUAUAUUAGAGAAGGGAAAAAGUUUUUUAAUCAGACUGGGGAUGAUGGGGGUGAGCAAAUAAAAUUAAAGGUUAUUAAAGCAUCCGUACUCUGAUCAAAGUUGCGCCCAUAAACAGAUUCCCCCUGAAUCAGAGCAAUUAGCCGCAGCGGCGUGGAAAAGUUCUCUCUAUUUCCUCCUGCUUAAUAAUGGAAACUAGGAUACCAUCAGGGAGGAAGCACUGAGGCCUGAAGAAGAUAGCUCUCUCAUGGCUCCAAUGUUCAACAGCUUUUAGGCCCACUGUAAACAAAUUAAAAUGUAUAAAGCUUUACCGUGACUUAAUAAAGCUUCAUACACCUAUCAUAAGGAAUGCAGUUGAUACACGGCAUAGCUAAAAAUCACACAGAGAGAAUUAGAACAGAGCUGUGGGUAAAAUAUCAUGUUAUAUUACUGCUCCAGGCAGUGUUAAGAUAGUUUAUGCUAAAUUCAUCGUGUGCGUGCAGUAGAGUGAGCAAAGGUAUAUCAAUCUCUGUGACUAUACAGUGAGAUUAUCCGUUAAGAAGCUCUGCACUCUGGGAAACUAACCCAAGCCUACAGAAAGCACACAUAUAUACACUCACACACACAUACACUACUAAGAAGUUCAAGGGCUCCAAAUUGCACACGGGGGCAUUAGCAGUAUUAAAUGAAAACAUUUGCCGUUCUUCAGUAGCCUCCAACUCCCAGGCACCAGGGUUUAACUAGUAUUAGCGUAACAUGGCUGUGUCUACAUAGCCAAUAAUGACCACGGGAAAAAGAGACCUCUGCAACAGCAGUGACCCUCACAAUCCAUUUCCACACCUCUGCCUCAUUGAUUUGGCAGAAAUGAGAAACUGUGGUAUCCGUGUGUCUGUGUGUGACAAUUCUCUUCUCAUCUGCUACAUUUGCAAUCUUGGUAAAGCCGUUUAAGUUUUCAAAUGAAAGGCUAAUUGGAAUUGAAUGCGUUGGGCUACAGCUGAUUGAUGAGUUGUGUGCGCAGGGAGGCAGUUGGGGGCAAUAGGGAUGCUGUAUGUGUGAGUGUGAGUUAAAGGGGAAGUUCAAUGGAGGGGGCUGCUACUUAGCACAAAGUGUCAUUAAGUAUUCAUAAGUGAGGUGUAGUCAUUUGAAUGACCUCGUUUGCGAGUGUGUUUUUGCCAUUAUUUACAUUUGCAUGGCACACUGGGAAUGGUCCAGCACCCUGCCACACGGGCAGUGCCCUGGGCUUCAACAAACAUGCAUACGUGUGUCAAGGCUGCUCAUUUGAAUACUGCUAAAGAUGGCUGAAUAACAAAAACAGAGUGAGACUAAGGGGCCUUGUUACCCCUUGUGUAUUGGCCAGAGGCAGCACAGUAAUGUACAGUAGCAACAAUUUUCCCUUGUUAGCAUGUUUGCUUUCAGUGUGUCUGUAUGUCUGUGUGUCUGUCUCUGUGUGUGUGCGUGCCAUAAAUGAUCUGUUUAUUUGAUAUGUAUGCCCCUUGUUUGCCUCUACAUUUUCACCUUUUUCUGCUUAUAUAUUGUGCAUUUGUUUGUUCAGGCCAGGUGGUCGGACACAGCGUGCACAACCAUGGCAGCUAAGGCAAGAGAACAGUGAUGCCGUGUGGAAUGAGUUGACCUACUUGAAAAACCUCACCAGCAAACUCUCUAUGGAAAAGUAAGUCAGCUGUUGUCACACAUAAACCGACAUGCACCCCCACUGUCCCUUCUUGCUUGGUGGGCAUUAGUAUCUGAGAGUGCCCUUCCCAGCUUCACAGCAUUCACCUUAUCCUCCACAUCAUUACCAGCCAGCAGGGGCCAAAGCAAGAUCAUUAGACUCUUUGCUCAUUUGUAAAAUUGGCUGGCCAAAAAAUCGCACCUUAAAGUGCAGGAAGUAAAAUCACAUUAUCACAAUCUCUAGCUGUCUUUGUGAUGGAAUAUCAAUGCCAAACUGUUGUCCUGUUGUUAGUGUUAUUGAGCUAUUUAGCCAAUGCCAAGAAGAUACUUUAUAAAUUUGAAGUUUAUAUAAUUUGAUCUAGAGUUUGUUUGACUUUCCUGGAAGGUGUAUUUUUUUGUUGAACUAAACUAACAAAAUUUUGUUAGUUCUCACCUCUCUUUUUUCUGUCUCUGUCUUUUACUUGUGUUUGUCUUUAAGACUGUCUCCGGCUGCAGCAUAGCCAUUGUCUUGUUUGAUCUAGAGAAGCCCCUGUAACCGUACCACUACCACUGACCCUCUACAAUGCUACACAAAGCUUGGCCUAAAGCCACAGACUUCCUCUCCCCUACCUCCCCUAGCCUUCACCUCUGCUCACCUCUCCUCUCUCUAUCCUCUGCUUCUGUACCCUCCUCUUCCAACUUGUCUUCCCAGUUGCCUCCCUCCGGCCCUCUGUGAUGCUGCAGCAGGCUGAGGCCAGAUUUCUGGUACUUGCCCCCUCCCCACCCUCUUUCACUGCUUUCCCCUCUGCUCACCCCCCUGCCCUGUCCUCCUAAUCCCAGCUGAGCUCAUUAUGAUAUAGCCCGGCUGCCUCUCUCCAAGCUUGAGCUGUCCAAGCUAAUUACAGGCUAGCAGCCCUAGUGCCGCCGAUGCUGCCUGUUCAGGGAUGUCCGUCCGCCUGCCUGCCUGCCCGCCCUGACUACAGCUGAGCAAAGUAGAGCACUGGACACACUUGGGGUGGGGGGGGUGGGUGGUGGGGUGGGGGGGCUAGCGCAAACAUGUAGGGUCCUUGGUACUGACCCGCGAGGAACCACGAGGGAUGGAGAGCGGCUGGCCUCUUUCCUAACUGUGUACCUUGUAUGUCCUCCAGGGUUAUUCUUGAUCCCCUUCAUGUGCCCCUGACCAGCUCUACCUCAUCUCCUACAUUCGCACCCCCUGGGCCCCCUCUUACUCAGGUUGCUGGUGCAAAGUAAACUUGGCUAGAGUCUUUAAACUUGUGCUUUAGCAAAACACGCCAUUCCUGGGCACACAUCUGCACAUGCACAACACAUUGUGUUAAACUAAGCGCAAGCAUGCUGCCCAUUUCUGUCUAAGUCCUUGCCUUGCUCUCUCCCAUACCUGUUGUGAGUCGAAGCAGGAGUGAACAAAUUGAGUAUUUGGGACUGUGGAUGAAGUCAGCUUAACCAAACAGCAUUACUCCCCUGCAUUGCAAAUUUCCAGUGAGUGAUAACAGAGAAAGCAAGUCUGUGCAUCAUAAUGCAACAAGAGGUUGUGGAUGCAGAACUGCCAGGAGACUCUUUGGGGGAGAUGUUGCAGCUUGUUGUUCUGUUGACCGUAUUAUAAUGAUUGUGCUUGUGAAGGUUAUGCUAGAUAAGUGUUAGCAAUGAUCCACUAAUGACUCAUUAACUCCUGGCAGCCGAAGAAUUUAGGGCCAAAUAAAGGCCCCUUAUCAGGCUUUAAAUGCCUAGUGGCAUGCUUUAGAGGAGAGCCUCUCUUCAAAAUGUCCAUUUGUCUCUCAUUCAAUCUUCCUCAUUGUCAUGAUAUUGUGCACAGAUGCUCUCUAUCACCUCUUCCAAAAACAGCUCUUGUUAAACACUGUCUUCGGGCCCAAAGGACCAUUUCCCAGAAUGAGUAUUGCUGAGAUAACUCCUGCACAGUGGGUCCCCACAGUGUUAAGAGAAGGUUAUGAGCCCCCCCUCUAAUCUCAGAGCGUUGCUUAGAGGAUGAGCAAAAAGGUGAAACAGCUUUGUUUGUCCACUCUUUCAGCUGAUUAAUGGAGGAUGCGGUGGGAAACAAAUUGCUUUUUCUUUGACAACUUUCUGCAAUAGUUAUUGAGUCCUAAAAGAUAAUUGUAUCCUGUGUCACAUAUUCAAAGUACCUUUUGGGCAACACACUUUUCCUUCCAAACUGUUGGUUUGUUUCAUUGAGUAAUGUGUGACUUUCAGAGGGUAUUUCCCCAACCUUUCCUGAAAAGUUGAAGGCACUGAGUAGUCUCUCUUAUUAGUAGUAGGGCUGGGCGAUAAACCAAAAAUUUACCGAUACCGAAAUUUACAAUUAGCAUCGGCGUCAUUUUGCCCAUAUCAGUAUAUUCGGUGUCAAAAACUAAAUAUGUGUUUAGGUAGGCUAUAGUCUCAUGUCCCUUUAAGACACUGUCCUACAUCAGAGACAUGACUCCAUCCCAUCCAGUCCAUAACAAAGAGGGAAAAACAGGUGAGGAGAUGGAGGACAGUUCAAAAGUUAUAGCGGCUGGAGCGGUGGCUGAAGUAGACAAAGUUAAUGUGGGAGGGGGUGAGCAGCUUACAGAGUAGUUAUCGUACAUUUAUCGUUACCGAGGUGAACUGCUCAAUAUAUCGUGAUAUUGAUUUGGAGCCAUAUCGCCCAGCCCUAAUUAGCAGUUUGUUCAUGAAGUGCUCAGAUUGUCUGUAAUUUAUUCAAAAUCAAGGGGCAUAAGAUAGACAAUGGAAAACAAUAGCAGGUUACAUUUCCUUGUCCAGUAAACUUUGCAGUUGGUGAUACGUAAUGGGACAGUUUAUAGUCUGACAUCUUCAAAAGCUAGGCAUCUGUACACUAAAUGACUUGAUUGUUCAGCACAGUAAUCACUCUAAAAAUGUAUUCAUUGCAAAUGCUUUAGCUUGUGUGCCACAGAUUAGCUGUGAGGUGAGGAAGUGACAAUUCUUAGAAACCGAUUACGUAAAUGAGAGGACAUGAUGACAUUGAUGUGCCAAGCUUUCAAUUAUCAUUUUAAAAUCCUUUAACCGUACACUGACAUAAGGACUCAUCUUAUAACAUCUUCACACCUUGGCUCAAGGAGGGAUUAAAAAUGAACUAUUUACAUCCAAGCUUGACUUUUGUUUGAAAAUAGCAUCUGGUUUUAUUAUAUGGUUGACAAGCAAGUAUGAGCUGGGUGGGCCGGAAAAUUUGCAGUGGGAUAAUUCUAUCUGCCUCAUUAUGCAUGUGUCUACAGUAGUCCAUGUCCAUGCUUGUUAAUUAUUGUUAAAGGUCUGUUGGUAAAAAGAGGCAGGGAUUAUUUAGGCCCCCUAAACAGAAUAAACACAUGCAGUGCACCCUCAGACUGAAGAUGCUAUACUAAGACGACAUCAAAGCAUAAAUUAGCCAGCGAUUACUGGGGAAAAAGCCUUUGAGAUCAUUUGCACUACAGCAACAGUGAGAGCUCCUCUACAGAGAGUGACCAUUAUGGACGUGAACCUCCCCAGUAAGCGACGUUGACUCUAAUUAAGGUUAAUAAAGUUUACCGCCAUGUUCCUCAUAUUCCUCUAUUUCUUUUCGUUUCAUCUUGAUUUGCUUAAAGGUAUUAAAAGUAAUGAGAGUCUUUUGCCCCCCAGACCAGGGCUUAGUUGGAGGAGGGACACAUUUGCUCACACACACACACAAACAUAAUGUUUUAUGCAUGUUUUUUAAAACAGACAACUAGGGCUUUUCCUUCAUUAAUUAUUUGGAAAAUUAAUUAUUGUGUAAAAAAAAGGUCUUGGUAUGCACUUAGUUAGUAAUUAUGCAAGCUUCACUGCGCUAUCAAGUUUUAAAAGCAGCAGUCUCAUAACCAGAUAAAAUUAGAGCAUAAAUAACAGAGUUAUUUCAAAGAACUGAUCCUUAGAAAUACAGUUAAUCUAUUCAGUAGAGAGUCAAAGAGAAGGUCCUUACUUAUAUAAAUGUCCCGCUCUUUCCCUCAUGUUUCAUAAAAACCACAAUAUGAUAUUGUGUUAUUUCAUAUUAGGAAACCUACCGGCAUCAACACGCCUCUUAAACAGGAAAUUCUGUGGACAUCCUUGGUUGUUUCCACUUGUGGUUUUAAUAUGAGUUCCCAUUUACCGCUCAUAUCUGUGGCCUGUGGCUGGAGGAACCUGAAUCUCACUGUUGCUGCUGUUGCUACAUUGCCUGCAGCUAAAAUACAGCACUGGGCCAUGUAAACUCCACCAGUCACCAUUUCUGCUGACAGCAGUGGCUUAUCCACCCAAACUCCCACUAUGAACGAACAGCCCUCUGGCCUGAGUUUAACCAGGAGGGAAUCCCUCCCCGCACCCCUAAAAACAAGAUUCCCUCCCCAGUGAUAAAAACGCUAGAGGUGUUUUUGCUUUCUCACCCUACUCCCUGCUCUUCCUGUGUAUUUUUAUGUGUUAAGAAAGAAACCAAGAGGAAGCUGGCUGGUGAAAGCACAAUGGCUGCAGAUGAUGUUGUGUUGUACACCCUUGUGGAUGGAGUCUGGCAGCUUACGCUCUAAGCUGUGUUAGGUGAAAUACAGGUAGAGAAGAGAUCAAAUGACAUGGAGUGGAUUGCUCAGGGCUGAAGCUGUAGCACUGCACGAGAGAGAAAAUGUUUUCAAAAAUGGGGCCAAAAGAGCGACGUGAGACACAGACUUCCACUGCAGACUGCAUCAUUACCAAACAUAACACCUGUCUGUUGCCUUUAGUUUUCUUUCUGCCAAGAAACUUGGUUCUCUUUCAUGCCUUCUGAAUGUUAUUCCACCUCUGGUGAGGCGGCAAGUUGAGAGGGAAUUGAAAAUUGUCCAGCUAGCUUCAUUUGAUUUAUCAUCCAGAUUAAAAAAAAACUUGAAAUACUCUAUAGGCGGUUAGGCUGUAGAAAACCUUUCCUCCAAUGAGAUGGCUUGAAUAUGAGAGAAAACACAGUUUUAUUUCAGAUAAAUUACAGGUAACUGGAAGUAAGAGAAGGGUCUUGUUCUAGGUGACUGUGUCGUAGAUCUAGACCAUUGACUACUUGAUGUUUAGGUUAGCUCAAUGCUAACAGCAUUAUAGGGUUGCCCAUACUCCUUUUUGAAAUAUGAAGAUUAUUGUUUUCCUAUCUUUAAACCCUCAAAUAGACUGAAAUGUUAAACAACUGUGUAUCAGAUGAGGUGCUUUCACAAAACAAAUUGAGAAGAGUGAGGCAUUAAGGGAAGACUCAAGAAAGCAGACGUCCAGAUUUUUCUUUUGAUUUGUUGCCCAAAGAAAGACAGAGGACUACACAGACUUAGGAAGUGGUGGUAUCGAGUUGUCUAUUUGAACAAGGGUUUUCUGUCAUUCACCAGAUUAAGUAACAACAUUGUUGUGAUAAAUCACAACAAAGUCAAUACUGCUCCAUUAAAAAGACAACUACAGAAGAUGCCAAGCCACGGACACAUCCAUCAUAGUGACAUUUUUUAGUUUUCACAUUAUGAUUUGUGUUUCAUCUAAGACAAAUAUAUUGGUAAUAAUAUCAAAGUUAAUGGUCUAACUUUCCUUCUCUGUGUGAAUGUGACUUGCAUCACCCACUAAACUAAACUAUGAAAAAUGUAACACAGUGGUAUAACCGAUUAAUCUGAUAAGACUGGAAAAAUCACACCAAACUCUAUUUAUGGUUUUAAUGCUUUUUUUUUUUCUUUGAGAAAACAAGACUCAUAACUCAAGUAAUCUGAUUUUAGCCUUAUUUACUCCACAGAGUGAACUUACAGAUUUAGUCCACUGUUACCAAUGCUAGUUUAAGUAUAAUACACUAAGUAUAUCUAUUUGUGUAACAUUGAAGUUUUUCUUUUAUAUCAUUUUCAUUUUGUUGUGAAUAUUAGUUCCUACAUUUUAUUGUUUUAGGAGGGAAAUGUAUGGGUGUAACAGUGCAGGGACACAAUUAUGGAGGGCAGUGUAGCUGCCCUCCAUAAUUGUGAUCUUGAAGUGAAGAGCCCUGCCGUACCAUAUUGCCUUGUUGGUCUUGAUAAGAGUCAAAAGAAGAAAACAGGAUAAUAGUAUCUUUAGUUAUAUACAGCAAGACUGCCUCUGUUAUAUCUCAACACCAUGCACCUUUCUUGUCAUGUGUUGCAAUGAGGAAAUGAUUCUGUAAAUGUUGGCUGCUUUUUAACCGGUGUUGUUUGGCAGUAUUGGUUUUGUGCAUUUUGUUGAGAGACGUGCAGUCUUUAGCUGCAACAGCCCUUGAACAAACAAAACAAACUUUUCAGCAGAACCACUUCCAAAAACUGUGGCCACCAAGUCGUCACUCACACUGACAGUCACCUUGUGUGUGUGUAUGAAAAGUUGGACUGCUAGAAAAUCUAGAUUUUCACACUCAAAAAUUGUCUCUAACCACAAAUAUAAAUUAAUUGAUGAAUUAGAUUUGCUGCCCAUCCCUCAGGGUUACCAAGUUUUAUUAUUGUUAUUUCUACAUCCCAAUAGCUGCUCUUCUGAUUUGUAACCGUUGGUUGGUUAGUUGGUUGGUGUACAAACUAUGAGUGUUACUAAAAAAAGGGCGCAAUAGUCCUUCGUCCCCAGAAUAUUAUUAUGUGAAAUGUGAGACUCCCGGCCACUGAACUCUAUCGGCAAUCUAAUCCCUUCUCCAUCCAAGAAAGCAUACUUAUCCUUCAACAAAAUUGAGUGUUUUGCACAUGAACUUUGGUUUGGCAUCGAUACCAUCAGCAUCUGAAAAGGCAUAAAAGAGAAACAUGAGAUGGAACAGCAGCCCUCCACAUAAUGCAUAUUUCAGCUCAUUUGUCCCAUUAACAGCCUGGACACACAAGGCAGUGCCGGUGUCUCAUUGACCUGAGUUCAUUUAUGGAGGAAAAUCUAUAGAGGAGGGACACAUAUCCAUCUGCUUUCCCAUUCCCCUCAGGGGGAGUCAUUUGUGUACUUAUUUAAGCUGUGGUCAGCCAUUAGACCAGACCUCUAUUGGACUGUGUGGGUUAAAAAGCUAAUUACUUUCCUUCCCUGUGCUACAGGGAUAACUUUUCCCAAGUCAGUUUCUUGGCAAAUGUUUGGGAAAAAUCUCUUGGUUGAUCUAAGAAAAUGAGAUUGGUUUAAACCUGAGUCUAGUUUAAGUUAAUAGCAAUCUUGCUCAUUGUAGUCCACAACAGUCGCAAGCUCUCACUCUGUAAACACCUCACAGUGGCACACAUACAGCAUUCACUGUAAAAAGUGAGUCAGAAAGAAGACCUACAGUUGUAAUGAGGUUAAAUGAGGGAAGAAUGCCACUACAGUAGCAGGAGCUUGUUUCUAGUGUUUUUCUCUGACUCUGUGAAGCAAAGGGGAGGGAAAUUAGGUGUGUGUUUCAGGUGUGGUUGUCUCAGUGGGCUCGUGUGUAUCCUCAGUAGACUGUAGUUGGGGUCCUAAUAAUAACUUGAAAGUGCAAAGUCUUGCGCAUGGCUCCACAUAAUUAGCCUUUAGCAGGAAUCAAGCUAAUUGCAGAGAGGUAAUUGUGCACCCCUUCCAGUCUGUUUGUCUGUUACACACACACGCACGCACGCACAAGUACACCCAGAUGCACACUGCACUACCUACCUUUGUGUUUCAUGUUGCUUGUCACUUUGAUUUCCAGAUGAAUUAAAAAGCAUUUUAAUUAGUUGACUUCUCCACGUACUCCUCUUUUCUGUGGGGAAGAAAAAAGCCACUGCGCAAGGUUCAAGUUAAGAUGUGCUUUUGAAAUAGGCUCAACAAAUCGUGAGGGGUUACUUGAGAAGAUUUUACAGUUAAUGUUGACAAUAGCAUUAACGGUAGCUUUUGAAAAAAUUAAGUUUAAGUUUAUAAUGUGUGUGUGUGCGCAGAGCUGGCCUGGAGGAGGAGCUGGACAUGCUGAGAGUUCAGGCUGCGAUGGAUCGGGCCACAGUGAAGGAGCUCCACCUGUGUCUUGCACAGGAACACCAAGGUUAGAUUUCUGCUGUGGUGAAGUUUUGAGAGGAAUUAGAAAUAACCAAGUAAAAAAAUUCUUUAAAAUCACCUUUUUAAAAAAUGUUUUAUUUUCUUUUUUCUUCUUAAUUAUUCUUCUUUAGAUUUUACCCGAAAGCUCUCAGCUUUUCCCCAAAAUGUUGUACAAAGUUCAAGGAAAAAAGAGCACCGGAAAUGUCACAAGGUGGAAAAGUAUACAUGUUCAACAUGACAACACAUUUAAGCAAUCCUCUUACCUCUCUGGGCCACGUGUAUUGAAUGAACGGAAUUAAUUAGACAACUCAAUUAGGACUUGAUCAACUCCUUGCAAAUUGAUUCAGAGAUCAAGUAGUCCUUAUCUUGUCUGCAUUUAUCAUUCCCAACAUUAAAAUGCACAUCCCUUUCAAUCCAAUCUGCAAGCUUUUAUUAGACGUGGACCACCACAACCCUUGGCUUUAAUUAACCAGUCAAUAACAAAUCUGUCCUACAUCACUUUAAUUUUCCCGAAGACCGCUGAUGGUGUCUGUUGGAGACUCAGGUAUGUGCUUUAAAGAAUGGCACUAAUUAAAAUGGUGGGUCCUGUAUUAUUGACAGUCCAGUCAGGAACACUGAGAAAUAACCUACUCCCAAGGCUUUGUUGCUUAGUUUUCUCAUUGGCAGAAAAAUGAUCAUCUAAUGUAAGUGUUUCUCUUAAACCUGGGUUCCUGUCUGUAUCCUGCACUUCCAGUUAUUUUACUUUUUUUAACCAAAAUGGUCUUAUUUUACAACAUGACAGUAUUUGCCUAGCCUAACAUAAUGUCAGAUCAAAGGGUAACUUGCUUACUUCAGAAACUGGCUCAACACACUUUGCUCCUCAUAAAUAUUAAAGUUUCACUCCCCUUUAAAAGAUAUUGCUUUAAGUUUAUGGGCAUUGGUAGCACAGGUUUAGAUUUUCACUGUUACCAACUGUAUUUUAAUAAACAUGCCACCUCUAGCAAGCAUAUUUGCUUGAUGGUUAAAAAUAUUGCAACUUUGGAGAUUUCUGAAAGAACUUUGGUUUGUUUUUUGCUUAGAUUGUUUUUUUAUUUUUUUUAAUAAAAAUACUCAAACAUUGUUUCACAAAAUGUUUUAUCAGGGCACUUUAAUUGUUAAUUUCAUUUUUGGUUUAUAGUUGACAUAAUGAAUAGAUCAGUUAAGCAUAUGCAUCAUGAAGAAAACCUCUGACUGUGUGAGUCAGUAUUUUGAAAAUGCUUUUCAAUUAGCAGCAGUAUUUUGGGUUUUUACAUCAAGACUAAAACCAACAUAUUUGGAGUCUGAUGAGAAGAAUACCAAAUACUUCUCAAAAAAAAGUUUUAUGAAACUUCAUUAAAAUUGUAAAUGGUCACAAGGUUUGCUCCUGAAGAACCUCUGUGACCUGAUCAAAGGGAGUGCAUGUUGGAGCGCUCACGCCAGGAUCACACUAACGAAAAGCAGCAGAUGAAAAGAACAAGGCCUUUGUGCUACAGCCCAUGAGGAGACAAGGGAGGGAAGUUAAUAUAUGCUGCAGUGCCAGGACCUCCUCCAACAGUGGGUGACUAGGGAGCCACCACGUCUUCUUAUCAAGGUAGUGCUGAGGUGCCAACUCCCAAGCCACCGGCAUUGGAGCAGGAUAAUUGUCUCCCAACCUGGUUAUGUAUCCAGCAAACCCGGCAGCCCUCCUGUCCUAUUUGGUGCUCUGUCUGAUUGAAUGUGACAUGCUGGGAAGACAAAAGAGCAGGCUAAUUCAAAGUAACAAACUUCCCUGGGCAGAGCGUCAAAUGCAAAGCAAGGGAGCAGCAGCUCCUCACAACAAAUCCCUCUCUCUCCUUCUCUGGCCUCUUUUUUAUUCAACUUUGCCUCCAAAAGAUCAACUGACCUGCAAAGUCAAGGUCCUGAAUAUUUAAUGUUUCCAGUCUCAUUCUACAAAUCCGUUUAACAAGGGAAUGUGAAAACAGAAAGUUUGAUGUUGUUUUGUGUUGCCCCAGCAUGUACUUUAACAAAAAGGUUUUUUUUUUUCAUUACUGUAUGUCAAACAGUGAUGCUGAGCCCUGUCUGUGUAUGCCCAUGAAUCUGUGUGCAUCAAAUCCCAAAGCACUUUGACUGCAUGCAUUCUGUUGUUAUCAGAAAGCCUAAAUCAUCUGUUUCCCAAAGCCACUGUUGAAGUUCUCAAAAUAGAGCAGCAUGUUGGUCUGCGGAGAUUAGAUGUCUAUUUGGGGAACACAGUGGACUACAAAGCAGUGCAGCCCGGGGCUGUGUAUUCUCGAGGGAUUCCAACACUUCUCUUCAUUUGUUUAAGAUCCCAAGAGAGAGAUUGCACAUAACAUGUAUCAGUAUGUGCUUUUGAACACUUUUGUUUUAUUUCCACAUGGAAUACUAAAUAAAACACCUUCCUGUUAAUUGGUAGAGAAAAAAAACUAUUUGAAAAAAAUAAAAACAAAACCUGAUUUUCAAGUGGUAAAAUUUCAAGUUCUUUUGAAAACAGCAGUAGUAAUUCUGUGUUCUUUCUGGUUUGAAUGGCAAAAAGGGAGAAGGAAACUGGACCUUCGGAAAGAAAUUAGACCUUAGUAAAGCUAAUUGAUUUAAUGUACCCUCUUCAUUAUCUUUCCAUUGAUUGCCGCUUGGGUUUGACACUUUGUGUCACAAUAAUAAGCUUUGUUCCCUCUUGCAGAAUUGCUUCACAAAGUGGAAAAAGAGCGCCAGGUCAAAAGCAGCACUCCGAAAAAGCUUUCUGUUUCUUCAGAACGAAUGGAACAGUCAUUUAAAAAGGUACAGCACUAUGCCAUCUCUAAGUGUUCUUUGUCACUGCCAAUAAAAGAAACCCGACAAAGCCAUAUUUAAGCACAAUACCUCUCAGAAAAUAUCAAGAAUGAUGAAAAAGUGUUCUCACUCUUUGGAAUCGGUCAUUAAGUCAUUUCCAAGUUAAGUGUCACUUAGUCACAAUUAUUUCAUAAAUGCACAUCAUAACUGCAGAAGUAGGGUGAAGAAAACUGCUCAGAAAUCUUUUAAUACGGCAUUCAGCAACAGUUGUUUUGGAGAUGUACGUUAUUGUACCCACGUACUUUAAAGCCCCUGUUUGCAUAUGUUUAUAUCCCUUCAUAGUAGUGAAUCAUCAAAAGUGAGGAGAGCAGUCUAAUUUUGUUUGAAGGAUACUGGGCUUCACCAGGGGGCAGAGUAAGAACCAAAUAAAAGGGAGCGAUUGCCUGGAGGCAUGAACCCAGCAGGCAUCCACUGUUCUCUUUAACAGUCUCCACCAAAGAUCUAAAAAACAGACUAAGUGCUCCUGGUUGCCGCCUAGUUAGGGGUGAUGAGAGUAAGUGGAUACCCAUCAGAUGUUUAGAACCCAGCCAGGCUGGCUAGUGGGUAAUGUUGGUCCACUUUCUGGCUUAGACAUUCAAUACAGCUCUUACAUGUUAGCAAAAAACCUUGACAAAAAUGCAGAGAGAGGAAAAUACACAGGUGUCAAUAAGAACUGGUCUUUAAAUAGAAAUUUUCACUGAUGAACUGCAGAACACAAACAACUUCACAUGUUAAUUUCACUAGUGUUUCUAUGGCAGUAUGUUCAAAAGUUGAAGUAUUUUUUUGUUAGCAAACAACAGAUAUAGGAUGAAAAUAAAAAUGGUUUGCACCUUAAAGGCCCUGUAUCUCUGGUUCCUUCAGAUUGUACAACUGGAGCGAAUGAUGAUAUCACUGGAGGGUGAGACAGAGAGGCUGAGAGAAGAGAAAGAGCAGCUACUUGAGGACAAGGAAGACUUGGCACACAACUGCCGCAAACUUAAAGCCUCACUGGAUCAUCUGCGAACCCAGGAAGCUAUCCGUGAGGAGGCAGCUCAGGCCCAGAUCCUGGCUCAGGGGGAGCAGCAUCGCAAUGAAAUCAUGGCCUUGGAGGCCCAACUGGCAGCCUCUCAAAAAAAGGCUACCAAGCAUCAUCAUCAGCUGCUGAAGCUAAGACAAGAAUCAGGGAUCCUCAGAGCAGCUAGGGACUUCUAUAGGAACCGUGCAGCAGGACUGAUUCGGGCAGGUGGGACCGUCAGCACCAUUAGCCACAAGGUCAAAUCGAAAACAACCAGGUCCCAUCAGCGCAGCCACCAAACAGUCAGCCCCAAUCAAGCCAUCAGCCGGCAAUGCCAAAGCUCCAGUCCCACUAAGGACGAGUGGGAAGACAUAAGCAUAGAUAGGUAAUAAUACACACACAUACACACACACAGACACAGAUGCUCCUGUUCUCACUGCCACCCACCUCAUUAUUUUGAGGAAGUUGGAGUUGAGAGAGCGGGCUAGCUGGAUCGUGGGGGGCCACGCAGCAUCGAGGGGACAACGUGCAUAUGCAAAGCGUAAGCAAAUGGGUGAUUGAAUUUCAUUGUCUGUCUAUUUGGUAUUCAGGAGCCAAAAGAAGAAUGCGAGCAAGAAUGAUAGAGAGAAAGAGAGAGGAGGGGGAAACUACUGUCAGAUCCUUUGAAAUAUCCUGGGACGCCUUGCUUGGAGCUUAUUGACUGAAAUUUGCAUGCAAAAUUAGCCACCUCUCUGUGCAAAGUUGAACGGAUGCCAGAAAAGCCCAGGGAUAAGGGGGCCGCCGAAGCCUUGAUACCUUCCAGUGAUGCCAUUUUCAUGCAGUAGUCAUGCUACCCCGAAAUUGACAGUUUGGCAGUUUGAUUUAAUUUACUGGUCCUUUGCAUAUUCACUAACCCCCCCUUGACAGCGCUAAGGAUCCUCCUGCAGGUUCCAUGCUCCCCCCACUCACCUAUCUACUCCAUCCAUACACACAGCCACACAAGCACGGAAGCUUGCCCCACCCUGUGUAUAGUCAUGUUGUGUAUCUAGUGGCAUGUCAAUUCACAAAUGUGUGUGCGUUACUUUUUUUUCCUCCAGUAACCCCAUCACAACACACACAAACGCUCUUCCUUUCAAUCUUACCCUCCUCCUCUCUCCUCUCCUUAAUUUAGUUGGAUAAAUUUUGAAUGACCCUACUCGGCUCAGUACCAGAUGUCUACAAGCUGUUUAACACCCUCUAAAUUAAGAACCAUCGACAGUAAUUAUUUCAUGUAUGUUUUAUGCAAAAAAGCCACUGAGCCAACAUUUAUUGAGUGAUGGUCGGAAUGAUUUGAUUUCAAACACUCAGUGCUAGCGCUGAUAUUUAUUUCCCUUCCCCUUUUCUCCUUGUGUGCCUCUCUCCAUCCACUCGGUCCUACUAACUCACCGUCUCCUCACAAACUAAUUCAUCAGCUUGUAAUCCACCCCAUCUCUAUCCACAUGAGGCCGUUUAACAGGGACUGGGUGCAGCUAUGCCCUGCUUUCCUAAUGCCUCUCCAUGUGGCUAAUAAGCAGCAGUCUAAUAUACCCUUUACCUGAGAGGAGGAUCUAAGUGGAUUUGUGAAGAAGGGGCCUAAACUGAGAUGUUGUCUUAUUUAAGAACCUGUCAGCUGAUUUGUUACUGUAAAGCCUCUUGUGUCUCUUAUCACACAGCGGUCUUCUUCAGCGAUAUGUCUGGUUGGCACCCCUGGAAAUACAGUAUUUCUGCCUAAGGAAGUUUGGCCUAAAUAAUGCCAAAUAAAGAUGUCAGACUUGUUAAGGGUACUGACAAGUCUUUGUUUUUUUCCCCACUCCUUUUUAUCACUGCCUCUGGCUCCCUCUCUCAAGUUCUGAGCUGCUGCUGGGGGCAGAUGACCAUUUUGAGCACAUCAGCAGUUUUGCUAGGGAGAGGGGCAUAAUAAGAGUAAGGCAGCAAAGUAUAGCUAUUUUCCUGAUUUGUAUCACUUUACACUAUAUGUGUUUUUAAUUGUGUGCAUGUAUACGCUGCUGGAGUACACAACAUAAUAGGUGUGAUUCAGGAUUCAAGGCUUGUGAUUCCCUUCAUGUGACCGUGAUGUAGAUGAUUUUACUUCAGCUAUGUUUGUGGUAUUGUCUUGGCAUUAUCAGUCCUCUUAGGGUUGUUGAUCUCAUCAAGGCUUUAGACUGUUUACAUAAAGAAGAUAUGAUUGGAGCAGAGAAAGUCCCAGUCAUGUCUCCCAUUUGUUUAAGAUUUCAUCGAUGAUUAUUAGCUUCUUAUAGAUUAAUCAUGUUUUGUUCUCCUAUUAUCCAAACACAUAAACCUGUAUCGGGCUUAUCCAAACUUUUUUUUUUCUUAUGUAGUCAAACUGGGGCACUGACUUCUAACUGGUUUCUAUAACUCAUUAGUUUAAAGAUAUAAAGUUACAAUUUUUGCCCGGUUAGAGGCACGGCUGACUUGAUUGACAUGAUGCCACACUGUAGAUCUUUGCUAGAGAGCCAAACUCACCUCUUUGCCUGUAGUUUGGUUGACCAAAUGUUAAAGUUGAGUCUGCUAUUCCAAUAUGGUGGCUGGACUGCAGACAUAAAUGAUUAAUGUCACUGAGGCUACACUAUAACAGUUUUUUUUUUUUUUUUUUUGUAUUUUUGAGUUUAAAUCUGUAUUUGAUCUUUAGAAAAAUAUAUUUGAAAACCUUGUGAGAUGACUCCAUAUUUGUAAUUGCAUGGCUAAAUUGUAAUGAGAUUUCUGAAGCUGUCUCCUGCAUAAAGCAGGUAGUUUUUCAUUACACACUUCUAACCCUGCUCUUAGUGGUGUUGAUUAGUGUUCCUCAACAAGUCCCUGUGCCCCUUCCAGACUGAGUUUAACCGUGACUAGCCCCCAGUCCUGUCAUGUUCCAGUUAGAUCCUCUCUCUGUGGUCUUUACCUCUGCUGCUUCUCUCAGGCCCCACCUUAAUAAACCCGCCAGCGUAAAUGUCACUGGCUUCCACCUUCACGUCAAAGGUCACUGUCAAUAAACCUGUGUGUGUGCGUGAGUGUGUGCAAGCAUGUGUGUUUGUGCGUGUGUCUCAGAAAGCCCUUACCGUGUGUCCAUCAGAUGCAACUUUGCUUGGCUCCGCUCAGCCGUGCCUCUCACACACGUCUGUCACACACAGAGGGCUAAUGAAGGCCACAGCCGCUCUCAUACAUGUUGAUGCAUUCACCAUCAGCAACAGACACUGCAGCUUUUCACUUAAUUUACACCCACAUUUACACUUCCAGCUCAGAAAUUGGAUGGGACAUUGAUUUUCUGUUGGAAGCAGGGGGUGGCAAAAUGCACAUAUUUUUUCUUGAUGUCAACUAAAUCAACCAUAAAAGGUAAAUUGGAUUUUUGUCAAGUGCUGGUGCUUUUAGAAACAGGGUUGGUGGUUCAAAUUCUGGCCUGUUCUAACCCCAUAUCUUUCUUUUUCUCAACAGUGACUGCGAUGAGGAGUACUCCGACAGUCUCAACAGCGGGCCUUUAGGCCCAACAUUACACAGACAGCGAGCUAUCAGACAGGUUGGUCUGCCAUCAAUUUUCCUAAGCUUAAAAAAGAGUAACCUUGUUCUUCAGUCUGGUGUUAAUUUGGAGUAGUGUCCGUAUUCUCAGGCUGACUUCUGUAUUUAUCAGACUAAUAAACUGAUUUUUAGCGUGUAAAUAUUUUAUAUAUUUGUCACAUACUUGUUAUAAUCCUGCUAUAGGAGUUGUGUGGCUGUUGUUUAAGUAAUAUCUGAAAAAUACUGAUUCCAAACAUUCAAAAUUACUCAUAGUAGCAUUUUCAGUGUCUUGUAAGGCUUAUGAGUAACACAGUACUAAAACUGCUCUACCUGAGCUAAAAUUAUCUGCAUUUUUUAAAUAUUUUGUCAUGUGCUAUUCAGCCCCCCCCCCAGACAAAUCAUUCCUGGGACCACUGUUAUUUGGUUGGCCAUUCUCUGCAAGAAGAACUAAUUUCAUUCAAGCAAUUUGUCUCUUUCUAAAGAGGAUGGCCACAGCACAACAGAUGUGGUCGUGGAUAUCAUUUGAGCCAUUGUCAGAGUGAUUAAAUGAUUUAUAGAAAUUCAACCAAUAAAAGUCAGUUUUCCUGUUUAAAACAUAUAAACACUGAACAGUUAGUUUUGUCACACUGUCUUGGCUAUUGGGGUAUAAAACUGAGAUGAAACUUGUCUGAAAAUUUCAACUUAAAAAUAUCAACUUUGUCCACAGUGCCUGAAGAUAAUACGACUGCCGAAUUAAUAGAAUAGGAAGUCUGAUGUGUUGACCAUGUAGCACAUUUAAACUGGCUUUUUUUAACCAUUGCAACAUAAAAAUUGAAAUUUUUCACGAGUGAAAUUCUUACUAUUAAACGUCAAGGUAAAAUACUAAAAGAUUAAAACCUUGUCAUACACUAUAUGGAACUUCAUUGAGAAUUAAAUAAUUAAACAAAAAAUUUUAAAAAUAUAAAUAUAAUUGGGGGGGGGGGGAUUUUGAAGUUGCCAUACUUUUUAAUGGUUACCUUCGCUACAUCUCUGCUUGUUGGAGCUAUUUCCUCUCCCUUCACCCUCCACACUAUGAAAUCAAUAGGCCUGGACCCUUGCUCUUGUCUGCAUCAAACCACUUCAGAGCAGGACAUGGCAGCUCCAAACCCCAGAGAGAUAUGUCCGUCAAGAAGAGAGAUGAAGAGAAGUAUAGGGGGACCUUUAAAGAUAUUCUGUCUUCCCCCUCUUCCCCUCUCUUUCUUUUCUUAAGAAGGUGGAGAGGAAGAGAGGCUUGUUGUUGUACAUGUAGCCAGGGAGCUGUCAGGACCCAUACUCUCAGAUCCCCUUUAGUUAGUCUGCUCCAGAUCCGCUAAAUGUGCCCAUCAGCUCCUCCUGGGCUCAUCGCCAUGACAGUCCUGGCCCCUCACGACGUGCUAUGUCACGAACCAAAGGGUUCAUCUCCCUUCUCCUCUGUGUAAGGCACCGUGUGAUCAAACCUGGCACUGAUCAAAUCCUACCUGACCCCAUAUACAAAGGAAACAGGCAGAGAAGAAGGAGGGUUGGGGGGCUUCUUUGAUGUCGCUACAAACGAGGGUGCAUUUGGGAGGUGUCACGCACACACAUGCACAUGCACACUUACGAGUGCAAAUGACUCUACACACAUGUCAUACUGUAGGAGUGAAUCAGGGCUUUGAGACAGUGAUUGAACAAAAGCGGCAUUUGCAAGCAUCCGUCAGAAGUAAUAUCCAAGCUGAGAGGUGUUCAAGUUGAAGUCGGCUGAGCACGCUCAGGUGAAUUACUAAAGCGCAGGGUGAUUUGUCUUGUCGCGUUAAACUGAGCAAACCCUGUGAUCAUGGUGUCAUUAUGGGCUGCGUAUCAAGAGCACAGCAUGUCAACCAGUUGUGUUACAUUAAACAGCUGCUUUUCAUCUCCGGCUUUCCUGUUCUUACAGUCCUACAGGUGUUCAAGGAUUUCAAAUAAAGAUGCAGGAGGAUCUCACAGGAAACACUCUGGUGUUCUGGCUCAAGGUAGAAUAAAUCUUUUUAACACUCAAGCAGAACUACAAAAGCUGAUCAACUUUUAACUUAAGCGGGAAAAACACAGAAUGUAUGUACAUGCUGUUGAUUGGAAACAAGUUCAUAAGAAGUCAACAAGAUUUUUUUUUGCUCUCUUAGUUUGUUUCAGAAGCUGACAUUCCUGAAUCGGUUAUAAAUAAAAAGUGAUAAUCACCCAAGUUGUCAAAAAUAUCACAGUUUUCACUUGCGCAUACACAAAGGCACUUUCAUAUACACCUGUUAACUCCCAGCAGUAGUUUCCAAAUAGGGAUUUGUUCUGUGCACUUGUCAACUGAGGUGCCUGCAUGUACUUCCUUCUGUUAGACGAUGAACAGCAUGAGCCCUGGGACCAAGGGACGGGAGGAGAGAAGAAGAAGUGGAGGAGGAAAAGGAUGCUAAUGAAGACCCAGCGCUGCUCCUCCUCUUCUCUGCAGCAGCGCGUGGAGUCCCUGCAGCGUCACAUUGACAUACUGCAAAGUGCCAGGGAAGACGCUGUGCUUUCAGCCAAAGAGCUGCGAAGGGCCAAUGAGAAGAUCACGGCGCAGCUCAACUCCCUCUCCGAGAAACUGUGCAGCAGCAGGCAGCUCACACAGGUAACUGAGGGGAAAAACAAGGGGGAUGAGUAAAAAGUUGUAAAUGUUUGGAGGAUUUUGUCUUUCCUGUCUUUUUUCAUGGUUCUGUUUUAUUUUCUGAAAGUACAGCAGAUUCACUUCCUUCGCCCAAAUGAUGCUUAAUAAGUGUUGCUGACAGGCCUGUAAAGGUCAUCACUCCCUCUGACCCUGCUGGUGUCUCAUUCCACUUCACGUUUCAACAAGCCAGUUCUCCACAACAGUUCAUGUCACUAGAAGUCUCUUCAUAAACACCUCUGAGUGUGCACGGUGGACAAACAUACUCAACUUAUUUACUUAUCUAAUACCUGCCUGCAGGUAGAAAGCCCUCAGACCCGGUAUAGACUGAGAAAAACAGCCAGCACCUUUGCCCUGAACAGUAUCUUGCCUGUCAGGGUCUCCAUGUACACAUGAAUGUAUGAGCACUCACCUGCAGACACAGCAUGUGUAGUUCGUCUUGCAGGAGCCCUUUUUUUGUAAAUUCUGUUGUAGUUGGAGUCAGUGAGGACUCACUGGCCGCCUGGUUAGGUGCAUGUGUCUGUAUAUUUACUGUAUAGACCAGCACAGAUGCAGUGUAUCGGUUUUGUGCACACAGGUCAGAGUUCAGCCCUUUUUAUGUUGCUACCUAGGAAGUGGCCUUCCUGCUCCGACCCAGGCAGCUGAUUGCUGAGGCCCAACGAGACCUUAGACUCAGACACAGCAGUCAAGACACUCGUGUACUCACACACAUACACAAAUAAACAUUGUGGACAUAGGGGGAAUUGUUGUCUUCCUGUUUGUUUCCUCUCUGCUCCUGCAGUAUUAAUGCCACUCCACCAGAGAAAGUUGGAGCCAGCUGGCCAGCCUGAGCCAGGUCUUGUUGCCCUCUCUGAAAAGGGCAAAAGGUGAUGGACUUUGGGUUUGUUCCAGCCGGUCCUGGCCAACUCUCAAACUAAAACUCUCUGCUUGUAAUUGGCUUAGGACAGCCUCCACAGGGGCCAUCAUGUGAGAAGUAGCAUGGCAGUUUCACAGAAACUUGUUUGUGUUGCUCUGCCUCCUGAUCCUGUGGACAUUGUCUUCUUACCUUCUUUCCUCCUCCCUAAUGGCCUGCCUUAAAAUAUUCCUAACUUUGUAAUAACUCUUUCUCUGUACUUUUUUAUUAGUCGAUUUUAAAGACCUUUUUGUUGUUUCAGUCUAAUUUGCUGCUCACAGUGCACAAGCCUGAGGAGAGCAUGUGUUCAGCAAUCUGGUGACUCUUUGAUCAGACUGUCCACGGAGAUGUUUUUAUCAAAAUGAAAAUGUAACUCUUGCUCUCAGGCUUGCGGUGCCAAAUAUCUGGAUUCUUACUGUUUUUCCUUUUCUUUCUUAAAAAAAACACAUAUUUAUCCUGAUGAGAGUUAUUCAUUUAUUACAACUUGAGACUUUUAUUUUGAUUUCUCACUUCUAAAUUAAUUGAUUGUAUCUUUCACAAUGACUACCACUGCAAUAAUAUACAGUGUCUACAAAAAUGAAAUAUUAAAUAUACAGUGACAUUAUACAAACCCCUUUUUGGGAAAAAAAAUAAAGAUGAUGAGGAUGAUCCCCUGUAUGGCAACUAAUACUAGAUCAAAAUGUGAUCAGUACAGCUUUAAAUAAUGACACAAAAAUGGCUUGAGUUGUAAUAUACCCGAUUAUUCCUAAAGUUGACAUAAGAAGCAUAAUAAACCUCAGGUGACAGGUGAAAUACACUUCUCUAAUUCUACUGGGUUUAGUGCUUGAUGAAAUGUACUUGUCACCAGUAUCGACCAAAUCCAGGAUCAUUUGGUUGUCUGGAUUAUCCCCCCUCAGUCAUUUCCUCCCUGUUUUACUUCACUCUACAGUGUACUGUGACAUUGCCUCCUGAAAUUACACAGCUUACCUCUAUACGUUUGCAGUGUCCUACCCUCCCUAAACAUGUAGGGGGCUGGGAUUAGCACAGGAUUAGGGGCUGCAACAGACAUAACUGACGGAGCUCAAGACAUUAUUUAAAUUUCAAUGAUUGCUUCUCUAGAAAUCACAUAAAACCUCAGACCAGGAGAAUGAAAUACAAAAUGACUGGGUUACUUGCACAAGGUGACAACUUUGUUAUGUUUCCCUUAUAGCAACACAUUUAUUGUCAUUUUGCAUGCGUUACAUUUACAUGCAUCAGCUGUAGGUCUUUGGCAAGUGGCUAUUUCGGCAGUCCAAGCUUCCUUAUUUAUCCGGCUAAUGAUUGGGUAUCACUUGUAACAGAUUAAGUGACACCACAGAGAGAGAAAGAGAGAGACAGACAGAGAAAGGUGUCCUGUCUUCCAGCCUAAUGGACUGCCAGCACAUCAGUCCAUGUCAGUGUCAUUUCUCACCAGAGCUGAAAAUGGCUUGUGAAAUCAAAGCCUGUCUUACAGGAAGUGUCAUCAAUGCCACUCUUAAUUCGUGCACCACUGCCACUGCAGCCUCAGCCUCACUUUUCACUCUUUUUCUCCCUCUCCCCUUCUCUCUGUCUCAUUCGUUCUUCCCAACCCCCCCCCAGGGAAGUGGCAUGCACGCCUUUAACAGAGUAAAGGAAACCUAAAACAAGAGGGAUUCUAUUAAAAGGUGUCAGCCAGCAACCAGAUAUCAAUAACCUCCAUGUAUGCAGAGCAGAGAGCAAACCCCUGGGAAUCUGCGGUUUCACUGGGGUGUGUGUUUGUGCUGUGUGUGUUCUAGCCUUUACCCUGUGUGUGCAGCAUACAUCUUUAUGUUUCAUGUCUCCUUUGUAUGUCAUCAAGUAUUUUUUAAAUGAUACUGGAUCAGGUAUUUGUGGCAGCAUUGAACCCAACAUACAGAAGCAUGUUUUUGUGACAUAUUUUCUUAAAAGAGCUUCUUUGAGCUGCAUCAUACACAUGUGGUUAUUCUUCUCCUCAGAUGCUCAUGUUCAGACUUAUUGAUAAACUGUUCAUUAUAAGCUUGUUCCAGUAUGGUUUAUAAUGUUUAACCCAACCUCUCACCAAAUGCUGAACUCCCUCUGUCCCACAGUGCUUGCGGAUCCUGCAGGAUGGCUUUAUUAUGCAUGCCAAUCACAGAGAGAAUUAGGCCCUAUCGACCAGACAACGGCAUAAUCUGUCUUCUAAUUAGCAUAAAAAAGGAGAUUUAUCGCAGCUGAGAUGUUUAGCUCUCGCACCUCUCCUGUGGCAGCACUUACAGUUUUUCCAACAUAUUGUGUUUACUGUUUCUCUGUGUUCAUCCUAUUCAUUUGAUGUCAAUUUAAAAUGCAGCCUUUUUCAAGUUCUUGUUUUUUUCCCCACUGUAUUACAUUUUUGCAUUGUAAAGACAAAAAAGUUUUGAUUUUGACCAACAUUCUAAAUUUGAUUAAAUGUUAUGUCUAAUCUUGAAUUUUUACACCUUCCAUCCUAUAACAAAAAUAAAGGUAUACUUGUUUGUUUGGCUAAACUUUUUUUGUAGUAUCCUCUACAGGAACCUAGCCCACUAAUUCUGUCUGUCUGUCUGUCUGACUGUCGAUCUGCAGAAGCUGACCUCUGACCUGGUUGGUAUGGAGCAGCAGAAAAAGGUUCUGGAGAUGGAGCUGGAGCAAUGGAGGCAAAUUAAAUUCCCCCAGCAAUCUGUACCACCACCAGCACCAGCACCAGCACCAGCCCCUGUAAACACAGAGUGCUCCUGCCAGGGCAGGUCCUUGUCUGCUCAAGCUGAUACAGCUGCCCAGACCCUGGGAGCUGAAAUCAAACAGCUUCAAUCCAAGUUAAAGGUUUGUGGUUAUAAGUUGCAUGUACAGCUCCAGGAUUAAUGAAUUGCCCCCAUGCUUAGUCUUAUUAUACACGCUUUAUUAGAUUAAGCUCCUUAUUUCAAUGAUAGUGUUAGGCAUCAUGUUCAUUUCCAAUUUAGUGCACUAUGGAGCUUCAGUGGAUUAUCCCUUCAAUAACAAAGGACAGUUUGCUGGUACUGCUACUGUUUAGUUGAGCGGAAAGUUUUGAAGGCACAAGGAAGUCAACUGACAAAAGUAAGAAAAUACAUUUAUAAAUUUUGCACCAUUUACUUUGAACCUUUUUAUGGUGCCUUUUGGCUACUGAUUAUGCAGCAUCAAACAAUUUUUCAACAUUUGAGAACUUGAGAAUGUCAGACUUUUGUUAUUUGGAGAAUAUACUUUCCUGGUGUUUUACCAAACAUCGAUAUUUCUGAGUCACUUAAACAUUGCAGUGGUUUAAACAACCGGUAGUCCUUGAGGACUUAAGAAACUCUGAAAAAAAUCUAUCAAGGUUUAACUUUCAAAUCAUGCAGCAUUAAAAAAAACAAACUCUAGGGCCUUUCAUUUUACACCCAACAUCACCUGAAAUUGCAUGUGAUUUCGACAUGAAUUAGCAUUUCUUAUCAUUUGAUCUUAUUACAGAGUACCUGUCAGAAAGAUGAGAAAUGGGGGAUAGCAGUAGAGACGUGCCCUACAUCAUAGGGAAUGAGGUGCGAGUGCUACCAUCAUAUUAUCACCUUCACUGCAGUCAGCUCAUCAGUGUCACCCAGCAGAUUGCUGCUGUCGUUACACACAGAUGAGGAAGUCAUGUUAGGUGACAGCAAAAGGGAAAGGAAAGAGGUGCACUGUGGGGGUGCAUGCACUGAGUUAGCGCGUUGUCAAAAGCCUGCACUGAUAGGGCUCUCACAAGGGACAAAGGGCCCUUUAAACCAAAGUGAACAUGCACAUCUAAAUAUCCGUCAUUCCUUUUGAUCAGAAGCCAACCUGUCAUUGUAAGCCAUGUGUCUUAAUCUGUCAUACUUCAGGGAGAGAAGAAAUCAAAAAUAAAAAAAGGUAAAAAGAGUGAAAGUUCAAUAUAAUUAAAAAAAUGUCUUCUGUGAGAUCUUUACAUGUUUACAGUGUAAGCCGUAUUUAAAUGCUCUCAGUAGCUCAGGUCUUAAAAGUGCUAUUUUUCCUAAUUACUCCCCUUAUCUUAUCUACUUUGAAAAUCGCUGCCUUCUCCUUAACCUCUUUUAGCACCUUCCACCCUCCCGCUGUAACUAUAAUGAGGUGGCAUGCUGUGCCUGACCUGUCAUCAGGCGUGUCGUGAACACCGUCCUCACCCCCUUUCACACACACACUCACACAAGCGCAUUAACAAACACACAUACAUUUUGUGCCCUCCCCCCAGAGUGCAAGUGCGGAGGUCACAAGGCAGGUGGCGGCUAACAAAGCCCUGCGAGGCCAGCUCCAGGAGAAGGAGGACAAGCUCCGUCAGCUGCAGGACAAGUUAGUUUUACACCCUUUUUUCUUCAGUGGUGUUGUUCAGUCGUGCUUUUUCCCCCACAAUGCAACUCUUACUCUUCCUUUUUUCAGUUCUCAUCCCUCUUUCAUUCUUUGUCUCUGCAUCUCCCCGUGUCUCUGUCAGUGUUUGCACUUCCUCUACUGCUCUCAUCUGUAGUGUUUGAUUCCACCGUGUGGCAGCACUCUGUCUGCUCCACUCCACUCAGGCAUUCCUCUCCUGUGUGUGAAUCAUCUGUGAAAUUAUGCAUGUUCUCAUGAGCGAGGAUAAAAAAAAAAGAAGAAACUAAAGGAAUUAGUGUGUGUGCAUAUGUGUUCGUGUGGGUGUCUUGUGUGUCAUGUAUAGAGCUGUUGCUUAUGUGGGUAGCUGAUGUGGGGUGCUGAUCAAAGCAGUGUAUUGAUUGGUUGUGUGCCGCAGGAGGGACCGUUUUGGCCCAUGACACUAAAACCCACACAGCAUCACUCUGGCCUGUGGGCCACUAGCCCUAAUGAGUUACAAGGUUCACCCACUGUAGCUCUUGCUGCAUUUCAGAGUCAGAAUGCAUGGCUAUACACAAUCCACUCAGGGAAACUGUCAAGAUUUAAACAGAGUUAUGAAAAGCAUAGUGUAUCUGCAUCUCUGGAUUUCAUCUUUGAACUGAGGGAAAGGUACAAAGAACAACUUGGCUUUCCUUCCUCUUGCUCUCUAUGUCUAGUAUUCUGUGUCCUCUGCCUGCCACUCUUAAUAAUGCAUCCAGGGCAUGUGUACAAUCAUAGUGUAUUCGUGUUUGUGCGUGACCAAAGCACAGCAGAUCACAGCCAGACAGAGCGAACAUCCCUCUGCUGAGUUUCCACGACAGCCCGUGCCUCUUGUCACACACUCACUCACUCAUUCAGACACACAGAAGUCUAACUCGCCAUCUCUUCUAGCCUGCCUCUCCAUUUGCCUCCAUGGAGGGACCCCUUCUCAGAAUGAAAGACAUGUCUAGACGUCUCUGAAAUAUACAUCUCAGCAUACACACAGGGAGCUAGGCUGCUUCGCCUUAAAGAAGAGAAGGGGAAAAAAAGAAAUGAAUUUCAAAGUACACCGACGUGUCCUCAGUCAAUAUCCGGCACUAUGGCCCUGCCUUAUUUAUGAAGCUGCUUCUUUCAUCUUUAGCCCUGUUGUCUAUCAGCCACAUGAAACGUCCACCCGUACUCCAUUCUUAACAGCAUACACAGAAAUAUUCACUCUCGCUCUCACAUACUUCAGACUUCUGACUGUUAUCAUUACAAUACACGCAUGUUUGAAGAACAAUAUUGCCAACAAGUGCAGAAUAAAGGGAACAAACGUGUGAGUGAUUGGGAUACAGUUUGAGGCUCUCUUUUUCUCUCCCUCCACUAACACUCAUAAAUAGAGAUCACACACUCGAGCAGAGGCUCCAUCUAUCCCUCAUUCUUUUUUAUCCUCUAUUCUUUUUGGGGUGCAGAAGAAGGGAACAUCUAAAAUAAAUGUUUUCGAUCUAAUUGCCAUUAGCAUCGGGGAAGAUGGAGCUACUGGAGCUCUUAUUGCUGCUCUCUGUCUUUAAGUCAACACCAGACAGUCAUCUGAAAGGUUCAAUAUGGGUUUUCUCAUUAAUGGCCAAAUCCAAGGGGUAACCAGGCAGCGCUACUUCUCCCCAAAGACCCCAGGCUAGACUCCUCUCUCAUUUAAUUUAAUGUCACUCCAAUAGGACAAGCUCACAUUUAUUUAGCCAGUCUGCCCUCAGGCAUCCAUCUACCUAGGGAGACUGGGACAUUUACUUACACGAAAGCAUUUGCUCUAGCGUUUCGUCAUCUGUUUAUUUAAAACACACAGUCGAUGAUGCACGUGGGAGCUAAGAGAUCCACUACAUCUUAAAAAAAAAAAAAAAAAACAGCAAAAAAUCGUUUUAAUUAACUCCUUCUGUAUGAUCUUUAUUCUAUUUGUUCUAAUUCCCUUAGGUAUAGAUAACCAUGAACGGCUCAUAUUUGCCUUUUAUGAAAACAGAAUAAAAUAUACUAACAUACUGAGCCCAUUUAAAGCACGGCCUCUCUGGGUGUUCAAAAAACUGGAAUAUUAAACAUGUCAAUACAGCAGAUUAUCAAAAUAGGAAGUGACAUGAGGUGUGUGUUUGCAACAGUCAGGACAUGAAUUUCUCACAAUACAAAGAUCUCGCCUCUCUUUUGGGAAGUAUUAUCAGCGCAGCACACCAUGCAAACAAACAACAUUUUUUUUUUCAGAGAGUGUUUCAUUUAUAGUCAUUCACAAGCUGAGUCCCCCUGUUGAUGUGUUUUUAUAUGUGACAGGGGUAAUGCUGCGUGGAAAAUAAUAAACAUUUAAAUGUUGAUUACAGUCUCUCUUCAAGUAGUGUCACUGCUGAUUCCAAAUGCCGUUAGUCAAAGAGGACUCCCCAGUCACACUUAGUGCAGCAUUCCCCGGCAGAGCACUUGUUCUAAUAUAUGCCAGAUAGAAUUAUAUAUGCAUCCUUAUUUCACCCCCCUGCACUUACCCAAACAGCAUGCCAGUGUAUUUAGUUGUCAUAAUGAGCUGUCAUGCUUGAUGCACUGCACGGGGACACUUUGCCUGCCAGCUUUGUGCAUGUGAGUGUGUGUGUAUGUGUUUGAGUCUGUCUCUCUGAACAUCUAUAUUUGUUUUCUAUUAAUACCAUAUGCAAGUGUGUGCUGUACAUAUACAGUACAUGUGUGUGUGAGUUAAAACUGAAUACAUAGUUGUUUAUUUAUGCUAUAUGUGGGUGCUUUGACACGUGUUAACAGAGUGGGUCACACAGAAAGAGAUGUGAACAUGAAGAGGCAGCUGGUGGAGGAUUUGAAGACGAGACUGAAGUUCCUGCAGGAGAUGGAGAAAAGUUACCGAGGACAGGUGGAGGAGCUGGAGAAGAAGGUACACACAAUGAUCACAGCUCUUAAAAUAUCUCAGGAGAAAACAGACUUCUUAAGUUGUGUGAUUUGGACAAAGGGGGCGUAUAGUUUUUUAUUGAGAUAUCGGUUCAAGCUUGUCAAAAACCUGCAAAUUGUGGAGGCCAGAUGAGUAAAACCUUGACUGGCUGUUGAGGAUUGCUAUUUUUGUCCCUAAAGCCCUAAAAAGAAGACAAGAUAAUAUCUUUAGUGUGAUUGUUAUUUUUUUUUAAACUUAAAUGUUAAACAACAAUUGAUAGCCCAACUAAGCACCCUAUCCCCGAACUGUAUAAAAAUUCAUGGUUAUCUGUAACCUCAUGUGGGCUGGGCAUAAAAGUAUACAUGUGUUAGUAUAAUAAAAUAAAACCAUCCAACUUGAAACUUUUAAUUUCAUUCAAUUAAGUCAGUGAGAAAAGUCAACAAAUGAAAUUUUUAAUGUCAAAGACCAAAAGUUACUUUACGUGUGUCUUCACACCCCAAAAAUGUAAUGUUAACAUCCAGUUUCUGAAGCUUUAUUUAGCGCAUUCCUUAUUUGGUGUUGUUUUUGUAUCUCCACAGGUGAAGACUUUAUCAGAAGAGGCCACUAAUAGGAAAGCCCUUAUUGAAUCUUUAAAGAGGAGACUUUCUGUUGCAACCACAGAGAAAGGCCAGCAUGAGGCCUCCUGUUCAAAACUGAAGGAGGACCUGGAGAAAAAGGUAGGAGGGAGCUUCAUCUACAUUUGUGUUAGUGUGUUAUAUGACACAUUUGAGUUUUUUCAUCAGUUAUUAGUUAAUGUACUUUGCAAGAGCACUGAUAUAACUGUUCUUGAGAGCUCAGAGACUGCUGCAACCAAGAAAAACACAUGCAGAUGGACAAAACACAAGAAAAUUAAGAAAAUAAACCUCACAUUUGACAUGUGCACAACAAAAUUCAGGAACUUAAAACAAACAUUGAAAAGCUAUUUGCUAAACAUUAUUUCAGGGUUAUCCUAAUAAACACUGGGUGUCAUUUCAAUGAAACACGAGCAGGAGAAUUAUGAGCGUUAACUGUUUGCAGAAGGAAAUGUAUAUGUAAUCUGUUCUAUAGGCAAGUAUCACACCAACACUCACAUCAGAAAAUAAAAACUUAACUUCUUUAGAUCAUGUUUCAACCCAAAUUUUUAUGUUGAAAAAUCUACACAGAUUAUUACUAGCAUUCAUCAGUGAGACCUACUGUUUUUAGCACUCAGAGUUGACCUUGGCAGGUUGAAGGGAAGUUCCAUUGGUUUACUUAUCAGUUAAGUGGUCCCUGUAUUAAAAUGGUACAUGGCACUUACUCACCCCUUUGUAGUUAAGUAACAAGUUCUUUUCAUUCAGAACUUUACACCCCUGCUGUAACACAUUCACCAUCUUAAAUUUCAGCGUCUGACUUUUUCUCUUUUUUUUUUUGAUCACAGAGGAUGAAAGAAGCCUUUUUACACUGAUGGAAAAAGACUCAAAGAAAACUACUGCUAAAUACUUUUCAUUGGUUCUUUGGCACUUACAUGUUAGAAUAACAUUUUCUGAUAAAAGCCUCUCAAGAUUUACCCCCAAAGAUUACUAUGAUGAAAUUUUGAGCAUCCUAUGCAUGCUCACAGUUCAUUCAUUUACUUUGAGACAUUACCACAUGCAUCCCAAAAAUUUCAAAAUUUACCAUAUUUGCUCCUGCUGCCUUACAGACCUUUGCAUUCUCCUUUUCUUAAAAGAUUGCUUAAAGCUGACCUAUCUAGAAUGCUAAUCUUCUUUACAGGAGCAGCGCAUACAUGCCUUGCAGGCUCGUGUGGGAGCUGGCGAGCAGGCUCUGGCUGCACUGGAACAGACAGCUACUGAGCAAAUGGAGGGGUUGACCCAGCAGAGCUCCCAUGCCUUGGACAGGCUUCAGAGACAGCUCGGCCAGGCCUACUCCCGUUUGGAGCAGCUUCAUUCUUUUAUCAAGGUACUGUGCUACAGGGGUAAGGGAUCAAAGGCCAUGCAUCCAGAGUUCCUUGAGUUAAAUAAUCUAACUCAUUUAAAACCAGUAAGGUGAGGUGGGCCUGCAAGUUUUUAACCACUGUGAAAUGAUAAUGUGUGGGUGGAUCACCCGAAGGGGUAGGGUUCUUGUUCUUGUUGAAGGGGGGGACCUGACAUGCUGACCCUUUUAAAUGAACAACUUAAUUCUGUACAGCGGGGCUUUCUACUCGACACAACACCUGUUUCAUUGUCUUGACUUUCUUUUCUCUGAGUUGCCUUGGAGGGUAAUGAAGAUACUCAAAAACCUCUCGGUGUAUUGGCUAAUGUCUUGCCGUUUUCUCUAGGCAUUGAUGAGGUUGUCUGUAAGUCGAUAAUCUUUGUUUAAAAUCCAGAAUCUAAAGGCCAGUGACCAGGUCUUAGCAUCGAAAGCUCCUGCUUAGUGUUUGUUGGGCAAGUUUAACUUUAAUGAGUCUAUAUACAGACAUUUAUACAAAAUAGCUGCUGAUAGUCUAUUCUUAGCCUUUGUAUCACAACAGCUACACUAUUCAGCCCCUCAGGUUGUCAGUUAGACUGUAAACAAAUGUAAUGCAUAGUAAAGCAGUUGUUACCCAUAAGUCCUUAAAUGCCAAACGCUGGCAACACUAGAAUCUGAAAAUUUGCACAUCCUUCCCCGAGGCUUGAUUAUCAUUAUGAGCUAUUGUCAAGAGGUUAUGAGAUUGAUUGUUUAUGAGUGUGAGACAGAGAGAGAAAGUUCUUUGACUGUGACUUGAUCCCUAAACAUUAAACACCAGUCCAAGGUUUGGGCUCAAUAUCCGGUUUAGUUUCCAUAAGAAUAAAACUUUGUUUUAGGAUUCAGUCAUGGAUUGAGAUGAACAGCCUUCCUCGUGUAAACCUGUAGAUCAUAGGAAGAUCCACAACUCUGUGCUUUACACACUAAGGGCCAAAAGCAGAGAAGGGCUGUCAUAUGGUCAUAACCUGAAUUUAAGUGUGAAUGGCCCCACAAGCUGCUUAACCAUCAGAAAUGCAUGAUUUAAUUAGCAGAACAUCAGUAUAGACAGUCAAAGUCUAAAAAAAUUAAUCAUCAGUAUUGACAGAUAUGAAUAUUCAUGCUAAUAUGUAUAGCCAAUGAUGCACACGAUAGUUUACACACACCUAGAACAGGCUUCAGUAUGUUGGUUCUGUAAAAGUAUUUUGUUUUUGAAACAGACAGUAAAAAAAGGUAUUUGCAAUCCUUGAAGCAGGCAAAACAAAACUCCUUGAACACUACCAACUCAAUUGUGCAUCUCAAAUGCCACUAUCCUGAACAACACCGAGAGUUUCUGAAAAGUAAAAAAUGAAAAAGCAGAUAUUGGCAAAAGUCCAGUAUUUCUGCGGUCCAGUAUUGACCAAAGAAACAAACUGUGAGUUGCCUGGGAAAGAAGGUUUGGUUUAAGCAGAUAUUUUGUACCUCCAAGUUGAUGUUGAGAUGUGAAACCUUUAGGCUGAUUUUCCUUGGAUUUAGAUGUCAGGGUCCGUUUUCUUACAUAGUAUGAAACUACAAUUUUUGGGCAGAAUGUCAUAAAAUGACCUAUGGAGGCACAUCACAGAAGUUUUUAAUACUGUCAGUUCAGUGUGAAAUAGAGGUUAGUGGCAAUUAAAUCUGCAACAGCAGCGUCAGUUGAGUUACAAAUGUCCAGUUUGAUAGCCUCAGGACUUGUGUUGUUUUACAACUUUAUAAUUUUGUUUGCUUUUGUAAGAGGAUUAGACUCAGCACAUAAAAUUCAAUGUCCAACUCUGCCAUGCAUUUUUUUCACCUCACAAUCCAAAGCCACAAAAGUCAGACAACUUGUAUAGUGUCACCAAAGAUGCAGUUCACAAACUACACUAUGGUGCUUGCUGUUGCAGGGACUUCAAUAAAAGGCUGUUAAUUUACCUGUCAAUAGACAUCUCAGCCUCAGGAGGUAAAGGCUUUGAUCAAAAGAGUUGCUCUUUUGAUUAUCAGGAGAAAAUCCAGGAGGAGCCCAGAGUAAAACCACUGCACUGAAAGGAACCAGCUGAGAGGCUUCAGGCAUCUCAUCAGGAUGUCAGCUUGAUGCCUCCCUGUAGACCUUCUCUGGGAAUGUCCAACAGGGAGGAAAACCAGACCCAGAACCUCACUGAAGGAGUUACGCAUUCCACCUGGCCUGGGCAAAUCUCCAGGUUUCCCAGGAGCGGUUGGUGAUGUAGCCAAGGAAAGGGAUGUUUACACUGCCCUGCUUAACCUCAUUCAGCUACUUCUUAAAAAACGAAAGGUGGAUGGAUGGAAUCAUAAAAAUGUAGUUACAUGACAUUAAGCAAUUAGACUUUCUACUUGUGUAUAAGGAGAAUUAGGUGACCACACUGAAGAUGCAGUGAGUCCAGGUGGAGUUGUCUUCAUUGUUUGUGUUUAGGCCUAAUCCAUCACCUUGAGGUGUGUUUGUGUGUCUGUGUCAGUCUACGUGUGUGUCUGGCAGAGACUGAUAAAGACUGUCCAUCAACUCUGCUCAGCUGACACCUGCCUAUCAAAUGAGCAAAAAGGCUUGGCAGAGAUAGAUUGUGGUGGCAGUGUAUUUGCACAAGCACAUAAAUCAAAUGGCAUUACGGACAGUUUUAAGGGCCACUGCUUUUGUCCUCACAACCCAGAAUAACAGAAUAGUGUAGGACUUUUCCUGUAGAGAAAUGGAAUGAGUUUUAUCAUGUACUUUUCUGCCUGGCCUCUGAUUCUGUUCACAAGAAUAAACCUUUUUCCAGGAUAAGCAUUUAUGUUGUGGAGCAGACUCGCCUUAAUAAAACCUAACUGUUACCCAAAAACAGAAGCUGCAUCUUAUGUGAAAGUACACAUCUACGGAUGUGCAUAAUACAGCUCACAGUCGUGUAUCUCCUCUCCUCGAUUCCCAUAACCCUAGGCUGGUGGGGCCAUUGUGUUGUUGUUGAGGAUUCACAUCAUUGUUUGUCUCCCCCUGGCUCCUGUGAUUCCCUAUAAGAACACCAAGCCCUUUGAUUGGACUGCCUGACGUCCGGAGGAGAUUUACUCUUGUCAUGUAUUGAUCAGGACCGGAGGGCUGUGCAUGUGUGUGUGUAUGGAAGUGUCUGUGUGUGUCUUUAUGAGCUUGUUUUUUUGUUCUUUGGGCCUGUAUUUGCUGUGUGUGUGUGUGUGUGUGUGUGUGUGUGUGUGUGUGUGUGUGUGUGUGUGUGUGUGUGUGUGUGUGUGUGUGUGUGUGUGUGUGUGUGUGUGUGUGUGUGUGUGUGUGUGUGUGUGUGUAGAUUUUUCUUUAUUGUGUGCCAGCAAACCCUUUUGGCCCCUGCACACGCCCCGGGCUGAAAGAACUGCUGUUGAACUGCUUAACAGUGGCCCUGCAUGAAGUGACUGCUUCACAACAUGAAGGCAGUCCCUUCGUAAAACAUAUUUUGGCUUGUCAUCCUAGUGCAGGGUUUGAAAGAUUUUUGUAAAUAGUCUUAUCUUUACAAAUUGAUUGCAGGAGCAUUGUUGUUACCAUUGCCUAAAACUACAACGCCUGCAUAAGCACACUCACCUGUGACAGCAAUAUACACAAUACACCUGUUUUGUUUGUAUAAUGAAACAUCUCAAGUACUAAAGGAUAAACUCAGCAACCAUUUUUUACAUCAGUGCCUACAUAAUCUGACAAAAUCAAAGUAUUUUUUCCUCCAUUUCUGCUCUCGGUGUUUUUGCUCUUGUGUCUUCAUGUGUGUGAAGUGGUUCAGAGGUAGCUAGUUAUUAAAGAGGAUAUCUUUUUGUGCUCAUUUGAUCCCCAUCUCCAUGCCCUAAUCCUCGUCCUGUCUAAAUUGCCCCUCUGGCAAUAGUGAUUGUGGUACUAGCCAGGCUAAAAGCUCCUAACAAGCGCACGCAGACACAUUCACAUGCACACACACAUACCCUCCAUGUAUGUAUUUGAAAAUCUUGUUGUGUGUGAACGCUUGCAUAUCCCCCUCCCACCCUUUGUCUCUCUCAGGACUGAGAAUCAGUGAUAAAUUCACCCCUUAAUUUCUUCCUGGAUUAUUCCACAUGCAGGUUUUAGGUCAACUGAAUGUAACCAUUGAAUAGUGACAGUGAAGAUCUUUCAGGCUGUAAAUAAAGGAAUAGGAUCUAGGACUUUUCAUUAGUAUGAUGUGAAUUCCUUAGAGGUAAACAAAGCUCUCAGACCACCAAUAAGGAAUGAAGUGGCCUUCCGUUAUCAGGAAAGGUGCAAGGUCGUCUUUUUUUAUUGGGCCCUUCUGCAUACUUACAAAUACAUUGAUGGCCAGUAGUAGGCCAUUGAUGGGAUGAAGUCUAGAUUUGUAAUGAUUUAAAGUAAAUGUGGUCACACUUAGGUUUCUAGAGGCAUGUCAGACAUCUGUAUUCGCUGAUUAGAUUUGAAUGGCUUUGAAUUAUCAUACUCAGCCUACACUGCACUCCUUACAUCUGACCUCAGACUGAGUUAAGAGUAGUCACAGUGGUCUUCUUCACUCUACUGAAUUGAAUUAAAAUCCUCUAAGGAUUUUCUAACUGUUUGUGAAACAGACUUAAAUUGAUUUUUUUUUCCAAAUAAGACAAUAAUUGACAGAGACGAGAUAUAUUAUUAUAUUUUUUGAUUCAAUGCCUGAAAUUGCUGCCUUGAAGGAAACACAAAUCAUGAUAUUGUGAAAAGUUUGAUGCUUUAUGUUAAUCAUUGAUUUAUUAUUAUUAUUCAGAAAUUCGAUCGGCCACGAUCUUAAAAGGAUUGUUCUCAACCAUUACUUUAAGAACUUGGGAGAGCUUUACAAGGAGUGAACUGAGGAUGGUGUCAGUGCAUCAGGAUGUACUAUGUCAUCUGCUGGUGUCGGUCCAUUAUGGGUCGUCAAGUCCAAAGUCAACUCAGCCGUUAACCAGGAGCACUUCAGGGUACUUACUGCUUCUGAAGAUGCCAAUUUUACCUUUUCCAGCAGGACUUGGCACCUACCAGCUGCAGUAAAACUACUACCAAAUGGUUGGCUGACUAUAAUUCUACUGCAAUCAUGGAUUCAGUUACAACUCAGCAGUGCCACAGGUCAAUUGCCGGUGACAUGUCACACUGCUGCAGUAAUUGGUGGUAAAGGCGCCCCAACUAAGUGUUGAGUGUAUAAAUAAUGUCCUUUUCAGAAGUAUAAUACAUUAUGUAUUUUCAAUCCUUUUUUGAGUCUACCUUAGUAAAUAUUCUCAUAGUUUGAGAUUCUGGAUUUCUAUGCUCUUUGAUAUUUAGAACAACAAGUCAAAAUUGAAGCAGAAAACAGCUUGAAAUAUUGCACUUGGUUUCAAAAAGGAAAACAUGUGAAAGUUACCUUUUUCAAUCACAACACUUGUAAUUUGUUGAGAUGUGCCUGUACACGCUACAUAACCCAAAUCUUUCUCUUGCAAAAAUACUCACUGAGUGGUACAAUUAGAUGUUAAAGGACAGUAGAAGGAAUUUUUUCCUGAGAUUUCAUGACUUACACAAGUACGGGACAUAAUCGGUAAAGAGUCAAGAGGCAUAAUUGAAAAGUUUUUCCUAAACUUCGUCUUUCAAUUUCAUGCCUUGGUGUUUGAGUUUUGUUUGUCUAUUAAGCUGUUGAAUGCGUCUAAUGGACAACACUCCUUAUACUUGAGCUGUAAGCCUCUAACCACCCUCUCAGCACUCUCGUGCGAGAACCACCUCUGGCUCUGAACUGCACCCGGUCCACCUGUGUGAAAUUAAAAGACGAGAUGUUUGUUGCUAUUGUUCAUAUGUGAUUACCCUUGUUACUGUGGUGCACUUGAGUGUUUUUGUAUGUUUGUACUUAAACAUGUAUGUGUGUAUGUACCGUACUUUUGCAUGUUUGGUUGAAUUACAUGCUAUCCAAGAGCAUCUUGAACUUUGCUUCUUUGUUGUUGUUUUUGUUUGUGUGUACUGUGAGUUCUCCUGUCUCUAGCUUUCCCUCAUCUGACCAUCUAUUCCAAGGUCAGCUUUUCAGAAGGCUUACAAGGGAAUGAUACAGAAGAUUAUUGCCUCGAUCAAUAAGCUCAAAAUGAAGCAAAGGGGAGUUUACUUUAUUGACUUUCCCGUGUACAGUGGCAGUUUUAACAUUUAAUUGUCUCUCUGUAUUUAGAGCAAACUCCCAUUUAGUGCUCGACAACUGUGCCAUCCCAGGUCUUCCUCGUCUCGCUUCCCAUCCACUCGGGCACCAUUUAAAAGAGCCCCUCAAAGCUUAAUUAUUAACAGUGUUAUGGUGCCCUGAGAUAUUCAGAAAACAAAUAAAUAAAUGAAUGGCUGUAUUUUCAGCCGCUCUCUGUCUUUCUCUCUCUGAUGCAUGAUUCUCCGUCUGUGGAGAUUUUAGCAAAACUUGGGGUACAUUUGCUAUCAAAGCUGUGUUCCCUCAGCUUUCAAUCGACAGGGCAAAAAACCCUCAGGUCCACAUUCCUACAAGGGAGCUUGAGGCGAAACCGAAGAGAAUCUGAGUGUGUCAAACUCAAUAUUCCUCCAUAAUGUACUAGGCUUCUCUGGCGCAUGCUUGAUCAAUUUCAUUUAUUCAUCUGCCAGGCAGAGCUAUCCCUCUUGUUUUUCUGUAUCCAUUUCAUCAUCCUCUUUUUUUAUUUCUUCUUCUUCUCCUCCUUCAGGCCCUGGCCAGCGAAAUACUUUUAGACGUUCAAGAGGUCAAGCAGCAGUUGAUGAAGAGGAGGAGGUCGAGGCAGGCCAACGCUGUGGCAGCAAAGGGCGGCCUCUCAGCCAAGUCCAUGAUCAAAGCCAAGUCCAUCGCUGCCUCCAUCCUCAAUAUGUCAGUGAAUGAUCUCACUGACUUAAUGGACACUGGCCAGGUAAAGCCGAGGGACAAUGUGUGAACAUUUCAUAAAAACGCUAACUUGAGGAUCUAUAUCAAGUCUAAAUUAUGCCCAGAGCACUCAGCACACCUGUGAUUGAUUUUCUGUACUGUAAAAUUGUGAAACAGCCUUAAAGUUUUCAGGGGGGUUGGCUUAGUGAUUGCACCAGAAGACUGAGAAAAACAUUAUAUCAUCAAUACCAACUUUAUGCCUUGGGUGUAUUCUUUGUCAAUUGAGGCUAAAUGAAUGGCAAGGAGCUACCGUAACUUUGGCCCAUCCCCUGGGAACACAUACUGUAGAUUGGAAUUUGAAGAGGAGGAAAUAAGAGUUUAUUUCCUGGGCUUGUAACUGUGUUUCACGUCUUGCAUCCAUCUGAGCUUCUUUUAUUAAUGGGCGGAUGGGUUUGGGCAAGUAAGCAAAGUUGAACACCAAGUAAAGGUGAACCACACACAAAGCCAGGUUACUUUUAAGUUUGGAAGUCAGGGUGAAAUAGAGAAAGAUGUGGCUUCAUAUGAGGGCGUUCUUGCUCUCAACAGGAUCAAAAACCUGUCAACACUUGCAGCUCCUGUCAGGUUGCUAUAAGAUUUUAUAUGGCACAAGUUGAGUGAAGUGCAACUCUUUUCCUUCUGCCGAAAGCCCCCAUCGAAGGAAAGAAUCUUCCUAUUGUCUCUUGUUCUUGAGAUUCACACUCUUUUCCAACUUGGUGGGCCCUUUCUCUCCCAUAGAUCACCCAGCCUUGUCAUCAAUUAGCAACCCCAUGUUACAAUCAAGCUCCCAUCCCUGGGGACUUCCUCCCAUCCAUCACAGGAUGAGAGAAAGCUCAGCAGGCACUUACUCACACUUGAAACCAAUUUUAGCCCUUUGCAGCCGGGCUCCACCCAGGAGAUGACAGGGAACAGUUUCUCACUUGACAAAAAGUCCCCCUCAUCAGAGCUGAAAUCUCAGUGGGGAAAAUUACACUCUUCUUUAGCCCACUUUUUUUUCCUCUCUGGCCAUAAUGGCAGUAAAUGGCAGCCUGCUGGAUGCUGUAAUGUGGCGGGUGUGUUUUCUUAGAUUUGUUCAUUUAACUGUUUAAUCAAAGCCCUGUCAUGCUGUGCCACAUGAUGAGCUUGUUCACCUGUUUGUUUAGCUGAGUGUUUCAGAGAAAUGAGUCACUGACACCAGAUGUUCUCUGGACAUACUGUAGGGAUAUAAUGGCUGGACAGCCUACUGUAGAUGUUUUUGUAAUUCAAAGUCAAGGGAACCUUAAUUCAACUAGCUUGAACGAUCCCAAAAAUGCUGUAAGCUAUAUAAUAUUUGAUCCAGGAUAAACAACUACAUAACCUAAACUGGGGCUGAUUUUGACAAAAGGUUAAAAUGAUUUAAACUUUUGUAACAAAGUGGAAAUUCUAUAAAGUUCAAGCUUUGCAAGACUGUGGUAGAUUGUUUUUUUGGGCUUGAUAGUGUGACACGAGGUUAUGAGCAUGUCCCAGCAGUUUUCAAAAGUCUGAUACAUAGCUAGUGUAUUCAUUUAUUCACUUGGUUAUGCGAUACCAGUGUGCUGACUGAGAGCUUAGGGCUCAAUGGGAAUGCUUUUACUCCUCAGUUUUACUUUCAAAUCAGAGUUCUCUGUUGCCGACAAAGCUUCUUUUCUGAAGUUUGCCAAAUUUCUCUUGUCAACAACAUUGAAGGAGUUUUUUUAAGACUGUAAGGUUCUGCAUUUUGGUUUUGAAAUCAAUUCCUUUUUUGAAUUUCAGGUGUAUUGUAAAUUUUAAAUGUAGUAUUCCUGGUUUUGGUUUAUAUUUUAGGAGGAUAGCAGUAACAGUUAACCUUCAUUUAAUUACAACAAAGUUUUCUGAAGUCUACAUAAAUUCUGCUUUUUAAAGCAACAGUCCUGAGUCUAAAUGAUUACAAAUGCAGCUGUGACACGGCUGGUUGUGCAGCUGGGAUUGCAGUUAUUUUAAUUAGCUGUUUCAAAGGGAUAGAUAUGGGAUUCGUAGAUGAGAAAAAGCUGUUUCUUGAGUUUUCAGUGUCAGUUCUCCCUCACUCACAAAUGUAUGUAGGAAUAGACUCAAAAACUAUGUGGUAUCCCUGUAUGUACACAGAUGCAAAGACAGUGUUACUGUGCUCGAACUAAAGGACUCCACACGUGCUCACAUAUCAUACAGCAUGUUGUUUUUGCCUUUGUCUGUUCCAUAGUGUGCAACAGAGAAGCAGAGAGGGCCAAGCAGCUCAAGGCUCCCUGGACAACUUGUUGUGGAGUUAAUGAUCCAGAUGUAAUAAGACUAUAAUUGCCAGGCCAGUUUGUUUUGCACCUGAUGGUUGAUGGAGGGUCAGUGCUUUGUUAUAUAUCCACCAAGGGCGUAUAAGCACACUUCCUUUCACACACACAAACAAACACACACACGCAUACUCUUCUACACUAUUACAACCAACCCACAUCCAUAGCCCCACCUACUUCUCAGUUACUCUGGGCACAAAUCACUUCAAGGUGUUAACUGAAACAAGCCUGGACGUCCACUGUUUGCAUCAAUCAGCUGCUAAAAAAAUAAAAUAAAGCAUUAACACUGCUAAUAGUUUUCUCAGCUCAAAAACCGCGAGCUGUCUGAUUUACAUACAUAUUGUUUUAAAUAUUGUAUUAUUUCUUAAACAUACCACAUUAUAGUCAGCACCCCAAACUGCCCAAUUUCACACCAGAUCUGCAUGACCACACCUUCAAUCUUUUACUCACACUCCACAACAGUAUCCUUUUUUUAGAUCUGCCAGUAAGUGACAAGACUUGUAGAUUUAACCACACACACACUUUUCCCCCCUGCUUCACCGUGUGUCUCUGUCAGGAGGUACAAGGCUCAUCACAUCGUUUGAAGCAGUAACACCUGGGACUUGAAGUGAACAGGUAUCCCAUUAGUCCUGAAGUGUACAUGGCCAUGUCGUCGCUCUGCUCUCUUUUCAUUAGUGGUAACAAGGCUCCUCUUUAUACAUGAGUAGCAUGCAAACGUACACUGGCAUACCUUGCCACUGAGUCUCCAGAGAGCUUCUUCAAGGUCCUAGCUACUCUGAUGCUACAAUUCUGCCCUCAAGCAGGAGACUCACAGAGGCAAGGGUUAGUUCAGAUACAAUAGCAGAUUCUCUCUAGAAACAUUUAGUACCAAACAUCUCUGUAAUCCGUUUCAUUUACAAUCUUGCCAGUUCUUUUGCUCCUGCAUACAAUCUAAGAUCACAAAUGACAGCAUGUUUUGAUCCCAUGUUUCUUGACAGUGUCUUGAUUUGGGAAUCAAAUGAAAGCAAUAAAAGGAACUCUAUGAUCGUGACAUACAGAUUUAGUCAAAUAAAUGCACCUGGUGGGAUUUGAAACUAUGGCAUAGAAGUAGGAGCUUCAAAGUGCUAAUCCUGUGAAAUAUAAUGUUUAUUUUCAUUCAAGGAUAAUACUGUAACACAAUAAGAAAUAUGCAGGAGUGCAUGUACAUAAUUUCCAGUCAUUGUCGAUACAUUGUGGAGUUAUUCAGAGAUCAUUUUAGUUGGUCGCUAACGUCAUCUGCUUCCUGGCUGGUGCAGUGGCACUUUCACUUCCAGGAGUUUAGGUUUGGUGGUAUUCUCCAUUUUCUUUACAGGUCUUGUGUGCAAAAAACUAUUUUCCCUGUGACUGUAAGGCAUGGCUGGUCACAACAUGCCAAAAUUAGGAUGUCCCCAAGAUCCAAGCCACAGGUCUCACAGUCUGCACACUCCAAAGUGAUGCUGCUAUCCGCUGGCAGUGGUCUGAUUAUCAUCUAUUUUCCAUUUAAACUCAAAGAACUGGUUAUAGUUUAAUUUCUGGUCAACACAAGCUGUAUACACUUUUGAUUCAUCAGCUGGGCUGUUUCGGAGUAUAUAUAUAUUUUUUUUAAGUCAAAUGUACAUCUUAAAAACACAGCUGUGUCAUACAGUGGUUUGCAAAAAGGGAUGACAUCAGCACACAAUCAAAGAAACUAAAACAAUUUUGCACCCCGAUCACAUCUAAUUAACCUGGCCACACUAACAGCCUUUUUUCGUUUUUGUUUUUGUUGUUUUGUUUGCAGGGGACAGAGGCACAAUCAGAGAGUCCAGGAGACCAGGAUUGGCUAGAACACUUCGACCACCUCCUCCAGCAGAAGGUCAGGCCACACAUUCGGGAUAAUGACCAUACAAGCUACUCGUUACUGCAUAAACCCAGGGAAGUGAAAUCUUGUGCAAACUGAGCCAAGCUGCCCUUCUGGUGGAAUAUUUUUCAGUCUAACACAACUCUUAGUUGAGGUUUCCAGAACAACUGUUGUCCAGAGAGUCAAAGAUAAAAAAAAUUGGCAGAAAGUUUUCCCUUUUUUGAGUUUCUGGUAACAAAAUAUUGCACUUGUAUUGAGCACAUACAAAAACUCUGGAAAGCAUGACAAAGAGAUAUUGUAAUGUUUCAUUUUUAAGAUACUAUAGUUUGGAAAAUAUUCAAUUUUAUCUUUUUUAUAUUUUAAGUGAGGAACUUGAUAAUUGAUGAUAACGUUCCUCGUGAUCACAAAAAAAAAAUUCAGCCACCUUUCAAACUAGAUUUCUGAGUGUUUUUGUCUUCCAGCCACACUGUACCAGAUUUUUCUCCUUCGCAGUGCAAGAAGAGAGGAUUUGUCAGUCUUGAUGUAUAGAGGAAAAAAUGAUUUCUAUAUUUACCAAAAUACAGUAUAUUGAGGAUGUAUUUUAGUUCCUGCUCCAAUGUGUGCUGCUUCAGGGUCUAAAAAAAUACAAUGAUGCAAAAGAUAAAACAAAGAAAAGUCACUCCGUUCUCACUGUAUGAGUGUGUAUGUGUGUGUUUGUGAGAGUCUUUGUGUGCUCAGCCACUCAUCUGUGAGUGCUCUGCUGGAGCUUUACUCGAGUGCUGUCAACGUCUGCUCGCUGUGAUAUGUGUAUGAUUGAGAGUGUCGAGUGUGUGUAUGUGUGUCUUGUCUGUGUUCUUGUCAGCGGCUGCCGCAGGCACUCAUGCGUCGCCUCCGCACCACGACACACACCAGACACUGUUCUCUUGUUCCCCAGAUCUUCUUCUGACCUUUCCACCUUCCACUCCCCCUCCCACACUUUCACACACACACUCACACACACACACUCACACAACAAGACUCUACUGAAUCCAUGUUUUUCCCUUCUAGCUGGACAGCUCUCAGUCCCUGUUCUCUGUCUCUCUCUGCCAUCCUCUACUGUCCUGCAUUCCUCUCUCUCCCUCUCUCUCUCUCUCCCUCUCUCUCUCUCUCUCUCUCUGGCUCAGACCCCGAGGCAGCUUGUUAGUGGGGAACUAAAUAUUGAUUUGGCGGGCCUGUCGAUGCCGGGAGAAUGAGCUAGUGUCCACCAGAGACCUCGGCACCGGCAGCCUGCUAUCGACGUUUUCCGUGGGCAGAACAGGGGUGGUGGAAGAGGGGAAGGGGGGGACUGAGGCUGAUGUGGAGAGAAGGAGGAGUAGAGCGGAGUAUGACAAGGCUGAGACUUGCCCCUAGGUCCCUAUGGGGACCACUGGGACCACCAUAGUCAUCCCCCUCACUCUAAUACACUUUUUUUCCAGCCCCUUUCAAGUCCAUCUUGAGCUGUUUUUUGCUCAUUUUUUAAUUUAUUUUAAAUUGUUCCUUUUCUCUUCAUCUCGUGGAUUUCUCUCAUCUUUUUUUUUCGCCAACAUAUCAAAGGGACCCCAGAUUCUGCUCUAACAUUUUUUUUUCUCAUAUUUCUGUUUUUUUUUUUCUUUUUUCUGUAGGUUAUGAAUGAGAACUCAUGGGUUAAGAGACCAGGGAAAGGGUGCAUAAAGUCAGCCUUAGCACCUGUCCCUAGGUUAAUUCAGAUCUCUGAAUCUUAGGUUUUCAAGAGUUGGCCAUAUACUCAUACUCACUGCACACAUCCUUGAUGCUCAAAUGCCCGCAUUUCUUUGCACUUCAGGAUCUUGUCUUCUCUCUGUCAUAGCUUAUGAAAGGCUCACCAAGCAGAACAUCUGUGAAGUGAAAUGGCCCAGCCUGUCACCCUGCCUGUGACACUAAUAACACACUCCCCUAAUAGUGAUAUGAUCUUACCCCUGAGCUGCACUGGUACACACUUCAUCAAAUAAAAAGACAGAAAUAGACUCAGUGAAAGGAAAGAUGAGAGAGAGAUCCAUGUUCUUAACUGGCUGGCUGUCACCAGGAGAGGAUGAGGAUGUGUCCAUCUGUAUGUGUGUGUGCGUGUAUGUGUGGGUAUGUGUAUGUAUCAGUGUGUGCAUGCGCACUCUCACGACAGCCUCAUCUUGUCACUGUCAGUGCCUAAUGGAGCUGCCAGUGGGACAGCACUUUAUUAUCUCAGUGGCCCUGUCAAUAGCGAACCCAUCACUCACUCAAUGUGUGUGUGUAUGUUCCCUGUGUGUGUGUGUGUGUGUGUGUGUGUGUGUGUGUGUGUGUGUGUGUGUGUGUGUGUGUGCAGAUGUUAAGGAACAGAUGAGUGGUAUAUAUGUGUGUGUGUCUGUCUGCAGGCCAUUGUUCGCUGUCCCUGUCAUGUGCUGCCACAUGUCAGCCUAACAAGAAAGAGAGAUAUACUCACCACUUUGGCAAACAGUUUGUUGCAGAAACAGAGACUAGUUCCUGUGAAGAUGUUUUUACGGCUCUUGUCUUCCAAAAGAAGUGGCAUACAUCUUUUUCUCCUCCUCAGCACUGCCCCACAUGUCCUCUCAAAACCAAAUGAAACAUUGCAAUCAUUUCCUCGUCUCUCACCUCUACUGGUGAGUUAAUGAAAUCAAACCCUACGCCUCUCAGUGGAGAGCCACCAUAAGCGGUGCUCCAUGGCCGGGAACGAGGGACGGUGCUAUCUUAUAAUCAUGAGCAGGCCAGGGGGUGUUCUGUAUGGCUCCAUUGCAACCCGCCAUGAAUAAGGCCAGCAGAGAAGAUGGAGUGUCCACGUGGGCCACAGGGUCCAGGCACCGGCCCGGGGAAGCAUUGAUUUAAUUGCCUUUGGUUUAUUUGUGGAGUCCUAAUUAUUGACUGGAGGUAGAAUUUAAUGGGCCAAGUCUUUAUGAAGACAGGGAAAUGACUGGCUUCUGCUGCUGGCCAAUAAUGAACAGAAGGAGCAAGUGCAUGCAAGCGUGUGCACAUGCAUGCACACGCACGCGUUCCCUCCAGAUCAUUUUUCAGACUCAUUUUGUACACGCGCAUGCCCAUCUCAAGCCUCAUGACAGCAUAAUAACAUUUAAAAAGUCAUUGACUCUGUUGAUUUCUUUAUGAGAGGACAGCGGUUUGGUUUACUGGUAUGGGGUGGCGCAGAGGGCCUGCUAAUAUUUACCUCACAAUCACACCCGAGGGAGACGUCCAAGCAUCACUUCUUAUCAGCCUCCCAACUAUAACAAGCAGGUGAACAUUACAUUAAGAGGGUAGUAGAGGCAGGCCUGAGCGAUCCAGACUGGACUUGUUAUAAAACAUCAAAGGCAUUUAUGGAUGGACUACUGGGCUGAAAUAAUUCCUGCAAUUUCAAACCCUUAUUGAACGUCAGGGAAUGGUCGCUUUAACUCAUUACAAUGAAGGCAAACGACUUCAUUUAUCUAAAGUUAAAUAACAGACUUUAUUCAUGUCACCUCUUGUCAAAGCUUUUCACCAUAUCGACACCUGACAUCAUUAACCCUCUGUGUUAGACAUAUCAAAGGCUUCAUGCUUUACAGUGCCGACAGACUGAGAAAGUUUGCUAUUGUUGUCGAUGCCGCGAGGGCGAGAGACAGUGUUGUGUUGUGUGGCUCAUUAUUGCCUCUGUAAUGACAAGGAACAGCUCGGAGUCCCGCACUUCUCUCUGAAGGAAAGUGACUCUAAUUAAGCCUCAUUUAAUGAUUGAGCUAAUUAAAUCAGCCACUCUUUUUCCGUCUCUCUAAGUGUGUUUGUAUGUGUGCGGAGGGGACUCGAGCCGAGCCUUUGUACUGUAAAUAUGUCACUAAAACUGGAGGAGGGAAUCCCAGGAGACGGCUGCUGUUAGAGUUGUUAAUGCCAGAGAACACAGUGACUUUUUCCGUGUGUUCAACUCUCAUUUUACAGAAAUAGAAACAGCACAUACAGCUUGUUUGGGCUGUUUCUUUACUUUGUUGGGGAUGAUUACCAAUCAGACCAGAUACAGUAUUCAAACAACACAUGUCAGGAGAUCAGAUCAGGUAGGCAAGAUGGAUAAUCUUGUUUAAUUCUCAGCUCAUAAUGCUUUUUGAGUCGUAUUGACAGAUUUUAAUAAAGUUGACUUUCUCUUUUUAAAUCAACAAAUAAAGGAAAUUGAUAUUGUAUGUUGACAAUUCCUCUCCAAAGAGGUGAGUAGAUGUUUUAAAUUUUCUUGCAGGCACAGCCACUUUAGUUGAUCGUAGCUGCUUCUCAAUACAUUAACUUGGCCAAUGAGCCGUACUGUUAAUCCCGGGUGUGUUCUUGAUUGCAGGAUUCUGCCUAAAGGUUGCAUCUCUUUUGUAUGGAUAUCACCUUUCUAAAUUUAAACCUCGAUCAUGCCUGAAUCACCUCAUUUUUUUACCUAAUGAGUAGGAACCUGAAACAAAGACCUGGUGCUUUCCUGUGUUUAAUCUUGGCUGUAUUUGGGUCAGAUCCCUAACAAAUGCUUGUUGUACACUGAAAUGAUGUUUCCAAAACAACGUAUCAAGAAAAGGAGAGAUUUUUAAUUACAGUAUUUGUGGCCCCAAGUGUCCAAUUCCCUUUCAUAUCAGUCUCUAGUGGCCUAAAGGGGAGAAAAGAGAGGGAUCUGUUCAGCUACAGGGGUGGUAAUUAUGAAAGAGAGGGAGAGAAUAGGCUCGUCGGUGCUUUAGAGAUUCUCUUACCUGAGCCCCUCUUUGCAAAUGUGACAUAUUCAUUAUCAGAGAUAAUCAAAUGCAAGAUUUUUUAGUGUGGUGCCUUUGUGCCUUGGCUUUUUUUUUUAAUCUAUUUAUCAUGCUGUUGUUGUUGUUAUUCCCUCGUUUGAUAAAUUUGAUUUUCAAACAAAAGUGAGAAGACCAAAGAUCAAAGAGUUGUUCUUCCCCCUCUGUGAUAAAACUACUGUAGCUACUUCUCCCUCACCUUGAAAGGUGGCCUACAUUGGAGACAACUCACCAACCUGGGACACACAUUAAAAGCAAGAAUCCUUCAGCACCGCGAAACGCUACUGUCAUACCGACCAGAUCUUUAAAAAAUACUGUUUUUAUUCCUAAAUUAACAAGCUGUGUACAUAGUUUACAACUUAUUCAGUUCCUGUAUUUCAUUACAGAGUAUAUUAUAUACAUUUACCGGUAUAUAUGUUUUGAUGUUGGUGUAUAGAUAAACCUACUGUCAGUCUUGUGAAGAACCAACAUGUCACUACUUUGGUAAAACUUUUUACUGUUAAUUGGCUAAAUCUGUGUUUAGGUAUUUUAUCUGAACAUUGACUGAAUUUAAUGAAAAAAACUUAAUGAUCUGUUGUAUCUGACUGUAUUCAGAAAUCAGAAUGAUGUACCCUCUGAUUCCACGUCCCUCUUCACUCUCACCCGUUCAGAUAUCUGGCAGCCUGACACAAUCUUCACAGCUCCCCACAAAUUGGGCCGUUGGAAAUAAUUGUGCUAACUCGUUCAGGGGGAGAAGACAAAAGAGCUAGGAUGAUCGAUCCUUAAAGGGAAAAAAGUUAGAGUAUGUUAUGCCACUACAAGACAAUGGUCACUGGAGUGCUGCAACUUUGAGCUGCUCCUCGCCUUGAGGUGCGCCCCGGGCUGUGGAAUAGCAAUGUCAUUUAAUUGGCUCAAAAAAACACCUUUUGCACACAGCCCAGGCCCCUCACCAUUGCACACAUAUACACACACACACACACACACACACACUUGUCAGUGGCUUCACAUGUCAGUUCACUUCUAAAACAUGUUCAUGAAAUCAUACCUAGACAAAAGGUCUCCUCUGCAGGGCCUGUUGAAUAGUAAUGGAUGUAGGUUAGCAUGGCUUAAUGCUACAGUAGCGCUUUUCAGUGUUGCCAUAGGGGACAAGGGCCUCUUGCAAAAACAGUGGCUGUGUUGCUCAGUGCUGGAGCUGGCUAUCUGUGCCACAGGGGACAGGGGGGCCUGGCUAAAUCAACUGUAGCAUAACAUUAGUGCCAGUUGCUAACACAGCCUUAAGCCACCCAGGGGAUCCUGCAGAGCAGCUGCAUCACAGCUUACGUUGAAACAUCCUGCGGGGUAUCAGUCCCCAGAACAUGUGGCCGCAAGAUGAAAGAGAAUGAUAGUCCAGUGUGUCCUGUGCAGAGGUCUGAGUGUGAACUGUGGUGCCAAAAUGUGGUGAUGUGAGUCAAAUGCUAAAAAAAUAGAAAUCUAAACAAAGGAGGCAUUUUAUGUCUUUUAAAAGACAUUAGAUACUAAAACAUAUUAAAAACCAACUUCCAUGCCAAUUGAAGGUCAACCCACUUAUAAAACCAGGUUUUUAGAAAGGACUUCAAAUUUUGGGUCAGCAAUCCAACUUUAACUUUUUUCUUUUCCUUUAAUGUAAAACUUAAGGCUCAAUAUUUGGUGCAGCUGUUUGGCUUAGCGGUUAAAUUGUGUUUCCCAUGAAUAUGAGCCAGAGUCUUCUGAUGGGUCAGCUGUAGUUCGAUUCCAACCUGUGGCUCUUCGCCGCAUGUCAUUCCUGACUCUCUUUUCUCUGUUUGCUCCUCUAUCCACUGUCCCAUCCUCACACUGAGGACAUAAAAAGACCCAAAAUAAACUGUGAUCCACUGCUCCUGCUGUCCAGAUCUCAACGUUUCCUUGAGCAAGAUGCUGGACCACAAAUUUCUCCCAGUGCCGUAGCCAGCAGCAUGUGAGUGUGUGUGAAUGAGAUAAGUUAUUGAUGAUGGUAACGUUGUAAAGCAGCCUCUGUCAUCAGAGUGUGAAUAUUACAUUUAGGUACUUUUAGUGGCCCCAAGCCUGGAAAAGUGCUAAAAUAGUGCAGUUUAUUUACCACAUAUCUUUUUUCCAAAGAGCUUGAAACACCAAAAUAAAAGUUGUUUAAUCUUUGAAAGUUUUACCAUCUGAUUUUGAAUAUCACUCAUGCAGGGUUUAUCUAGAUCAUGUUUACCUGCUUGUGUUUUUUACUCAUAUUCCCACAUCAGCACUGUUAAUGAUCCAGUCUCCCACUUUGCUGUCCCACAGAGCCUUGUGUUGUGGCUGUGUCUCUAUUUUAGUGGGUUUGUUUGCAUAGUUAGUGGCUCUAAGUGCAAUUAGCUGAUGGGAAACUGUGUGCCAGUGUGUGUGUGUGUGAGUGUUCGAGAGUGUGUGAGUGUGAGACAGAGAAUGAACCCUCCCGGGUACACGGAGGCAGAGGGAGAUGUCUCAGCAGUUACUUCUGUGUAGUGGUUCUCUGAGGAGUAGCGCUGUGCGUUUGAUGCAUCCAGUGCUGCUGGAACUGACUUCACACUGCACAAAUACUCAAGUGCGCACACACACACUCUCACACAAACACACACUUCCCAGCACAUGGGGCCUUGUGUUCCCUGCUCCUGUUACCUCUAAUGAAGAGGAGAGAGGUGUCAGGGGGCAGGGGGACUGAGGCUCUCACACUUCACACGUAUUGGAAAUUGAUGAGAGGAUAGUUUCGAAUCACAUCACAGUCCUUUGCCGUGUCCUUAACACUCGUCAGCUCCAGACCUAAUUCCUAUACGAGCUGAGAGAGUGUGUUAAUCACAUCAAAGCAACACGAUACCUCUAUUCCCCGAUGCAGAUGUUACUCAGUAAAGUUUGUUUCAGCACUUUAGACUUGUGUCGGCAGGGUUCUCUGUGCCUGGUUCAAUAGCAUGUCUUCUCAAAUUCUCUUUUAAGAGAUGAGAAGUGGAAGAUUUUACGAUAUUAAAGUCACUAUUUUCAACUCGACCAGUCCACUUCUCAUCUCAGGCCAUGUGACUCUGGGUAUUGCUCAGGGAAUUAAUUUGUUUCCUCUGCUUGAAAAAAAGAUGCUUUUAAAGGCUGCACAUAACUUGAAGGGAAUAUUUAUGGGUAAUACGGUUUGAAUGCCUGCCUUUGAUCAGGCAUCCUAAUGACCAUACAAUCCUUGUGUUGAUUGAGAGGAAAAACAAAAUUAGACAGAACUCCGAGGAGAAGCCUGUCCACCUUUUAGUUUCACUUUUCCACUGUUUCCACACCGAAAACAGAGCCAAAUAUAUUCUCAGCUUUUGUAAUAUUAUGUGAUUAAAUACACAUCGGUUCACUGUAGACAAUGAACUGAAUCAAAUUUUCAACUCACAAGUAUUGUGGCCAAAAGAAUUCAUGUUAAAAAUAUUAUCCCAGUACUUUUAGAAAACUUUGAAAAAUAAACACUUUUAAUUAAAUGAUUUAAAAGCAACAAGGAUGGAGCUACAUGUCACUUCAUAAUCUAACAAUGAACUGGAACACAUAAGGUGUUUUGAAUUGCUCUUCUUGUGAAUGGUGCUGUAAAUUAACCUGCCCUUCUUAAACCUAAGUGACUCAUGUACAUGUUAUCAUCCAUUUCUGAAGUUAUGUUUUAUCUGGGUCGCCAGUCCUGUGACAGGUACUAUUGAUAAAACUCCUAAACUGGUUAGUGCAGCCCAUGCUUUGCCCUGUUGUCUAAGAACCCCCUACUAUAAAGAGGUUAGUUGUAUGAUAAUAUUUCCUUAAUUUAAAGGCAGUUAUCUUCAAUAUCAGUACAGUGUGACUGCCCAUGUUCACAUUGUCUUACACUUUCCCCACAGUGAUUUUAAAAUAUCUGUUUACAAAGAGCUGGUGAAAUGCACUUAUGGACUUUUUAAGUGUUGCUUUUACACAGACUUUACGACAAGAAUCUGCCCUCACUGUUCAUGAUACGCCCUUUCACUGAGAAUAGAAACUUUGAGCAAAAAGUAAUGUGUUUCAUAAGGCACUGAAACAACCGCUUUGAAGGCUCUGAUCUGAUAUUUUUGUCAAAACAUUCAAAAUAGACGGUCCCUCAAAAGUUUCACAAGUCCUCAGGCUGUAUUUGAGGUUCUUUUGUUCCACAAACCAGAAAAUAGACUCUCUGAAAAGCUGCCAGGUGUCAAAAAUCUGACUUUUUUAACAGUUGUGCGUGUGUGUUUUCCUCAUUUGCUUUUUUUUUUCACAAACCACUUUCUACCGCCACCCCCACACCCUUUUUCUAUCUCUCCCCUCCCCUGCAGAUCCCCUCUGCCGGCCAGCUAAUGGAGGCUGUGCGCGUGAAGAUGAAGGAGAGGAAAGUGCUGACAGAAGAGCUGGCCACGCUCGCAACACCAGUCAGCGAAAAAGCCUGA